GCGAGAGGAUGAGAUGGCGAGUGGAACUGCGCGAGCCAGGUGCGGAGAAGGCGGGGCGCCGGGAGGCUCGGGGCGGGGCUUGGCGCAGGUGGGGGCGGGGCUUGGCGCAGGUGGGGUGUGGGGGGGUACACGGGCGCGCAAUGUCGGGGGUGGGGGUUGGAGAGAGGGAGAGCCGGGGAGGGCUGGCCUCCUUUUCCGGGUUGCGGGAGGCUAAGGUCGCCUGGCGCAGCUGGGUUGCUAAGCUGGAGGGGGGCGGGGGAGGAAGGACAGGUGAGCCGGGGGCGUGGCCAGGACAGGUGAGCCGGGAGGGGGCGCAGAGAGGCGGAGGGGAUCGUGCGCGACACUCCGCCGCCGACACCGGCCAGCGCAGGCACGCGCGCAAGAGAGAUCUCGGUACCUAUUGAAAAGUGUCCACGGAGCGUCCCGAGAACCCGGCCGGAAGGGGAAAAUAUUGGGGUGAGUCCGAUCCUCCGCGGCGGGGCGCCGAUCCUCCGGAGAUGGGGGUUCUGGGUCCCAAAACUGACCCUCACCAGGAAUUUGGAAACCCGCCCCCCAAAUUUCUCCUUCGAAACUUCCCCUCUGCUUCCCGGAGAUUUAAACGCACACGCGGGGACCCCGAGAGCAGAAGUCGAGCCCCACAUAGCAAGCUGCGUGGGGUGGCUGGGUGGGAAUUUCCUUAUGGCUCUUUUUCCUCCCCCCCCCCAUCUCAAAUCCUCCCCACUACCCCCCUCCCCCAUCACCUGCUUUCCCCAGAUCCCUUCUCUCCCCCCUCCCCCACUUCCCAAUAAGAGGUGAUGUUAGGACGCAAAAAGGCACGUUGGGGAUAAGAUCAGAGCAGGCGUGAGCCGUUUCCCUAUCCCAGUUUUUUAAAACCUGAUUUAGUCCGGGGGGAGGGCAAUCUUUUGGAAGUCACGCCCGUUUUUUCUCUCCCUGGCUCCAUACCAAUCAUUGGAGCCAAUGGUUUGUAUGGGUAUUUGUUUCUGUGGAUCGAGAGUUAUGUUUCGGGGGGGGGGGGUUCCCCUCUUUUGCGGGCAGAUUACUCCACCAUUCCAGGCCUUUUUGAGAGUGGAUCAACUCUGCCCCUCCUUUGACAGGUUCCCUGGUUACUCCCCCACCCCCUUCCUUCUUGAGUUUGAAGAUUCCCAGCUUGGGGGGCUAUUUUUACCAAUUGCUAAGCUUGUAGACGUCCAGCGCAUUGAAGGAUGGACUUAGGGGGUGCUAGGUUCGUAAAGGUUUCCUGGCAACGUGGCUGGUGCCAGGUCUGGGCCAUGGAGACAUCAGAGAGGUAGGGAUCCUCUCUACUGUUUAUCCUUUGCCCUCUCUGUGCCGUGGGUUGGCACUGCCCUGGCAUAAACUGUGGGCAUGUUUGUGUGUGUCAUUUUUUCCCCAUCAUAUGCCACCUGCACCCCCUUGUCACAAAAUCUUCUUGUCCAGGCAGGUAUUGACUCUUUGCCAGGGGUGGGCAGCGUGUGCCCGCCAAAAAGGCGUCGUUCAAAUAAUGGUGGAGCCGGUUUUAAUUGUUGGAGCUGUUAGGUUUGAAUAGGGGUGAGACAUGACCGUGGCUUGUCGUCGUCCUCGUAUGAGCUGGGGAUGGUGCUAAGGGCAGGUGGGCAUGGUUGGAGGAGAGCGGGCAGUGCCCCACUAGUGCCCAGUUGCUGGACUGUAACCUGGGGAGGGACUUUAUUAGGACAAGAGGUUCCUUGUUAGCUAGAGUUGCUGUCAGGCUUGUGUCUUACCUUUCGGUUGCGGCAGGAUUCCUUGCUUCCGUAGGGCGGACCCCAAAUACCAUACCCCACUGAAGCUAAGACCCAGCCAUUCUUGUGAGCAAGAAGGAGCAGGGGUGGCAUCUGUGACUUCAGCGCUGCCAGGGAGGGAGGGGCCCAACUGGGAUCUCGUCCCAUGUGCAUCCCCGCUUCCCACUCUCGUACCACCCGCAAGCAGGGAAUGGAUGGCAAGUGAGCAGAAAGCUGUUUUGCCCGCUUGGCACACGGGCAUUGAAAGCAGGCCUUGUCUCAAAUGCAGAAGUGCCCUUUGGCAUCCAAAGGGUAUGAUUCUUAAGGUGCCCGUUUUGCUUGGGUGCUGUGUUAAUAAGAACUGAGUGGGUGACUUCUUUUUUCUUCCCUUUUCCCUUUGGGCAAACUUUACUACUUGGACUCUGCCCUCCAAGUUCCACCCAGCCCCACUGAUUACCCUUCCCUCCCUUACAGGGCUGUGUCUAUAGGUGUGCUCACCUUGGCAAGCCUGGCAGCAGCCUGCGAGUUUCCUACAGGCAACUGUUUGGCCGUUGUGAGAACAGAAUCCUGGACUAGAUGGGCCAUUAUGUCUGAUCCGGCAGCCGGCUUCCUCUUCUGUUCUUAUUGGGAGCCUUGAUUCUUGGGGUGGGACUUUUGCUCGGGAUUUCGCCUGACCUUUCAGCUCUCCCCACCCUCCGCCGUGUCCCGAAACAAGUUUGUAAAGUUCUCCACUUUCAGUGGAAUGAAAUGCAGCUUAUGGUCCAGACGGUAAAAAAAGCAAUAUUAUUGGUAGCACUACAAAGAAAGUGCUUCACACAUGUUAAAUACUUCUUACUUUUAGGAAGUCUGCUUAACAUCAAAGUCGAUGAGUGAGAGUUACAAGGACGGGGAGAAAAAGAAAGGCAAGCAUGAUAAUUUGAAUCAAAUAAAUAUUUUAUUUUAUUUUCAAGUACAUAUAUAUUUUUAAUGGCUCACCCAGUAAAACUUUCAAAUCGAUCGUGAUAUGACAAUGGAAGAUUCCUUAGUUACGUAUUUUAAACUAAGGAAUCUCCCGUCAUAGCUGUGGUGGUUUCCGAGCCUGACAGAGUUGAUCCUUGAAAACAGCCCUUUCCCACUUUGGUUUCUUGCAAAUACAGCCCAUGAGAAAGAGACAUCAUCCUCUGCCCCUUGACAAUAAAACUAUUCCAUCCGUCUUAUUUCAGCGUACAGAAUAAUAUAGACGGUCCAGAUGGCCAAACGGGUCUGAUUGAUAUGACUGAUGAAUAUAAGCUGUUAUGUUCCAAUGUAGAAAUGUCCUUUUUGUUGACUGGCAAUCUCUCCUAGGCUGGUGAGUCAGGUUAAUGACCCAGAUUAGCAACUGGGAAUCCAGAAAUUGGAAGUGGUGGUUAUUCCUGGAGACUUAACGCAGGGUGUGAUCUUGCCUGUGUGGCAUCAGAAUUUUGUGGGGUCUUUGACAGUUGUGUGUGUGUGUGUGUGUGGAUCCGACGUUCUCUUCUCCCUUAUCACAACAUCUUAAUACUUUUUAAAACAUCAUUGAAAUAUGGAUAGCUCAGUGGUAGUGUAUCUACUUUGCAUGGAGAAGGUAUUGGGUUCAGUUCUUUGGCGUCUCCACUGCUUACCAGUGUUUUCCAAACUUGGGUCCCCAGCUGUUUUUGGACUACAACUCCCAUCACCCCCAGCUAGCAGGACCAGUGGUCAGGGAUGAUGGGAAUUGUAGUCUAAAAAAAAUAGUGGGAGACCCAAGUUUGGGAAACCCUGGUGUACAGAACUGGAUGUACCAAAGGCCGUUUGCUAUGUUCCUAUAAGUCUCUGCUUCUUAUGCCGGCUGGGAGGUCCCUCCCCAAGCUAGAUUAUUUUAUCACUCUGAUUUUGACUUCUGUGUUUAUAUUAUCCUGUCUAAGUAUAUAUAUUGUGAUUUCUGUUUCACAAAUAGGAUGCUCUUAAUUGUUCUAAAUGCUUCAGUUGGACACUGCCCAGAAAACCAGAGAACAAGUGGUGAGCCGUAUCCAACUAAGUUAUACUCAAAGUAGACCCACUGGCCCAGUUAAUCAUAUCCAUUCGUUUCGCUGUGUCUACUCUAGAUAUGAUUAAGCUUGGAUGUGACCUGUAACCAGCCGUUCCGUCUCUGCGUUCUGUCCUCCGCACCCACACAACACUCACUGCCCCAGUCGGGAUGUGGGUCACGUCCAUACCAUACAUUUAAAGCACCCUUAUGCCCCUCUUCCCCCCUGCCCCAAAGGAUCCUGGGAACCGUCAAGGGAAUUGUAGCUUUGUGAAGGUGGGAACCACAGUUCCUAGGAUUGACAGCCAAUCCUGCUUCCCAGGGAGCCCUGAGAGUUGUAUAUCUGUGAGGGCAAAGAGCCGAACAACUCUGCCCCCUGAGCAAACUACAGUUCCCAAGAUUAACAAGCAAUCUCCCUUCCCAGGGAACUCUGGGAACUGUAGCUCAGUGACCGAAUGACUUCCAGCCCCCUUAGCAAGCUACGGUUUCCCAGGAUUCUUUGGGGGAGGCAGCCAUGGCUGCUGAAGUAAUAAUCAUCAUCAUUUAUUGUUUGUACCCCGCCCAUCUGGCACGGGAGUAUGGAUCGUAAGCUCUUCUCGUGUGUAAAGGUGGACACACAGUUCUUUGCCCACCUGCGUGCCGGAGGAAGAAGGUUCCCGGAGGCGGGCUGCGAGGCGAGCCAGCCUCACCCGCCUGUUUGCGCCGACCCACCUCCCUGAGGGCUCUGAACCGGCAGCGCAAGGGUGAGCAAGGUGGGGAGGCAGCUAAGAAUACACCUGCGCCAUGUCCCCAGGUGUCCUCCUCAUGUGCUGGAGGUGGGGGAAGGGGGGGCUUGUGAGGCAACAAAGUGGAUUGUCGGUUGGUGUGUGUGUGUGUGUAUGGGGAAGAGCAAUAAAUAGCAGGCAAGGACGUGAGGGCGACUGAGAAGGUAAAUGCUCGGAUUAAGGCAUCCCAAAAUUAAACCGAGCCCCCCAGCACCUCUUCGGCAGCCAGUCUUGGUUUUAACUCUCCCUUCUCAGUUUUGUUUGUUUGUUUGUUUGGUAAGAUUUGUGUACCGCUCGAUGGUUUUUUAAAAAAGAAAAAGCCUCUAAACGGUUUACAAAAACAGUUAAAUGAUUGAGAAGACCGAUUAACGACAAUGAUUUAAAACAUUAAAAAAAUUAAAUUAGAAUGACGGAACGCUGGGUGGUAUUCAGCUAUGCUUCGUCCAUUAAAAGUGAUAUGCGUGAUUAAGGCUCAUUAAUUUCAGUGGGUGCUUGUGAGAAAAACGUAACUGAAUGUCACUAGCUUUUUCGUGAUGAUGGUGUUUUGUGCUGGCUGGUUAGCCUUUCCUCUGAGCAUGUGUGGAGUAUCAGAUGCUUAUUUGCCUCAGCCACCAGCCUGUUCGUGUGCGAAGAUGUGCACCUAAUAAACACAACUAAGCAGAUAAAAUUGCCACCAAUAUAUGAGAAUAUUCUGUUGCCACCAGCUCACUUGUAGGGUAUUUUGCUGUAAAGUCCUCAGUUCAUUUGCAUGCAUUAAGUCGUUGAGGGAAAUGCAGAUUUUAAAAUGAACCUCAGAGCAUGCGCUGAGUUCCCUUCCUUUAUUCUCUGAUAAAGAGUGGGUGUCAACUAAGCAUGGUUUUGAAACAGCUGUGUUGAAACCCAGUUUUGCAGCUGCAUCACUGCUUAAGACUCACACUUAUUUUUUUUUCUAAUAAAAAGAAGAAAAAGCUCUGGGUUGUGGGAGGUGGGGGGUUACACUUUAGCCUAUUUCUGGCUCUGCUUUUCGCUUGGCUGGGUGGUCUCGUGGGUUGAGUCUUUGGGGACUCCUUUCCUGCUUCUCGCUCCUGCAGCCCAGGCAGAAAUUCAACAGGUGCAGCAUUCCUCUCCCCACCAACCCAUGUCCUUCCUGAAAGUUUUGCUUUUUCUCAAAAAAGGUGAAGUAUCUGGGUGUAAAUAUGACUGCAAAAAAAUUGAAAUUGUAUAAAGACAAUUACGAAAAGUUACGGAAGGAUAUCAAAAGAGAUUUGGAUAUCUGGACAAGGUUGAAAUUAUCUUUGUUGGGCCGAAUUUCAGCGGUAAAGAGGAAUGUAUUGCCUGUUAUUUUUGAAAGUUUUGCUUUUUCUAUCUGUUAAAAGUGUGUGGGGGGGAGGGUUGCUGGUGACCCCAAAUGCCAGGCAAGGAGGUCGGGGUUUCGGAGGCCCGAGGGACAGUCAGCAGUGCAACAGGGUCAGCCACAACGGCCGCCCGCUCUCCGGCUUGGCUCCUGGUUUCGGAGCCGUGGCCUAGUUGGGCCGGCUGCGCCAAACGUGGCUUGGUUGCCGUGGGAGCCUGGGCUGCUGCAGCAGCCAGCCUCCUCAGGGGGCGGCUGAUGAAACCACAGAGAAAUCUCCCUGCGUGUGCCGCGCCCUGUUCUCUGCUGGAGGUGCCCCCCUCCCUCGCCGCCCCAGGGUGGGGGACGACGCUGCCCCUGAGCUCCUCCGCGCUCCAUGGCAACCCUGCGUGGCACACAUCCCUGGCCCGGCUGCCGUAGCCCAGGCGAGGCCUGUAACAGGAGCCUGGCUUGGCAGGGGGAAACCUGCGACGAGCCGGGCGCGGUGCCAACCGGUUGGCACAGCCGAGCCGAGGGAGGGCCAGGAGGGUUCGCCCACCAACCUUUCCUUUUAUUUUUCCUGCAGCUUCCUUGGGAGCACCAAACAGUUUGCGUGCUGCUGGUGCUACCCCCCCUGCCCCCGCCCCUGCCACCAGUGCCAAGACGACUUGGCAAAGAAAAAAGUACUGGUGUGCCAGUUUGUGCCAAUGCGCUGGUGCCCAGUGCCCAGCUGAAGGAGGCGAUGGAAAGGCAAGGGGGAGAAUCCCGUUUGCUAGCUGAUAUUUGAGGGGGCGCUUGUGGAAAGUGGGUAUCCUCCCCGGCAACUGUUGGUAUGACUUGGCAAAGUUCCCCUCCCCGGGGUGGGGUGGAGUGGGGUGGGGGGAGAGAGCAGGUGACAAGUCGGAAGCAGAAGUGGGUCAGGCCUUGCCACUGUGCCGGGCAGGGAUCAGCGGGCACUGUUGCCGCAACCCUCCUGACUCUUCAGCUGCUCUUCCACCAGCCACAUGGGCACCGGAUGGGGUAAGAACUGGCGAGCCCAGGGUUGGGGGUUUUUUUUGGGGGGGAAGGAGGACUUUCUGCCUUUGGACUGCCCCCCAGGGGCUCCCACGAUCACUCUGUCUUGAUUUGUAGCCUUUAAACUUUUUAGACGAACCUCUAGUUGCCAUCUCCUCCGGGGUUUUUCUCGCUCUACCUCUGACACACCAAGUGGGAGGAUUCGAACUCCGAUCCGGGUGGCUGUUCCUGAUCAUUAGCGUGCAGAGUCAAUCAUCCCUGGCAUGAGAGGUGUCAGUGGCUGGGUGGUGGAGUGCCAGGGCGGGGGAACUAAAGGGCUUGCAGAUGCUUCUGGACUCCAUCUCCCAUGUUCCCCGACCAUUGGCCAUGCUGGCAGGGGCUGAUGGGAGUUGGAGUCCAACAUUGUUCGUUCCUCAUCCCUGCUUCCUCGUCCUCUGUAAAUGCAUUUGGUAUGGGUUCCCUGAUUGGCUGGGAUAUAUAAGAUGGGGUCAGGAAUCUGUGGCCCUCCAAAUGUCGGGUGCCCCCCCCCCGCUGCUACAGAUUAUUGCACCCCAUAGCCUUGUUCUUCAGGUCACGGCUGUGGGCACGGGUGGGGCAGAGAGGGUGUGUAUGCGAAAGAGAGAGUGUUUGCAUGGUUCCCUUUCCUUCCCAGGAAACUCACUGCUCCUUUUGGCUUGGCCUAAAUUGCCAAAUUAAUAUUCAUACAUAUACACAUCAGUUAACAGUGAUUGCGUGCGAGGCAGAUGGGAGCGGGCGCUAUAAUUCCCUGGUAUUCGAGGACGUGUGCAAAGGCAGUGUAGCGUGGAUGUGUGGCUUUUGGGGGUGGGGUGAUUGUCUCCCCCUCUCCACACACCAAUAUUUUGGCGUUCACCUGUGGUGCCCGGCUGUGCCCUGGUUCUAGACUAUGGGCACCCUUAGGACCGCACUGCAAGGGUGUGUAAAACAAAGGAGACAUGUGGCCCUCCAUUUUGUGGCUUUUGGGUGGCAAAGAAGCAGUCAGGGCUUCUCCCCCCCCCCCCCAAGAUUCUUGGGAUCAGUCGUUUGGGAAGGGUGCCAAGAAAUGUUAGGAAACCCAUAUUUCCCCUCAGAGCUACAUUUCCCCAAAUGGUUUAGCAAUUCUGAGAACUGUAGUUCUGUGAGGGGAAUAGAGGGCUUCUAAGAACUCCUUUAAAAAACUACAGUUCCCAGGCUGUCUUAGCAACCAACCAGGCCCCAGGCGCAAGCCCAGUUGCGACCACGUGGAGAUCUCUGGUUGCCGUUUUGGCGACUGGAGAAAGCAAAACGCCCCUUAUCUGAAAUAAUUUUCUUGAAGCUUGCAUUUGUUUUAUUCUGGAUUGUUUUAUUGGAUGCUUUCAAUGUAUUGUGAGCCACUUUGAGAUUUCUUCCCGAAACUGCAAAGUGGGAUAGAAAUGAAAUGAACGACAACAGUAAUAAUAAACCCCGUUGUAAAAGAAAAUGGCGCCGAGGUCUUCCGCUGUGGCGACCGCAACCCAGGUUGAUGGUGCUGUUUGGCCGUUAGAUUGUACAUGACACUGUUCCCAGGAUUCUUUGAAGGGAAGCUACAGCGGUUAAAGCGAUGUAAUUGUGGUUUAAACUGGACAUAGUGAGAGCGUGGCCUUUGUCGUGGGGUCAGGACUGGGACUCCCUUGCUGGGAAAAGGAGGCUUUGCUUGGGGCCUGGCUGAGUGUGCGCACUGUGCAAUUGUGGGUGGCUAUAAACUGUGGCCGUGGGUGGGACUCAGGGUUGGUAUAGGCCGUGGGAUUAGCAUUGCAGUUUUCCCUCUGGCUGGCUCAGCCGCUUGGAAUUGGAGAGAGGGGUGGUGGCGAGGUCAGGUCAGAUUUUAACUCUUGUGUGUGAGAGAGUGCCGGGGGGGCAGAAUCAUGGCCGUUUGGGGGGUGACUUUGUGAGGUGCUGGGGUGACAUUGUAGGUUGGGACGAGGGCUCUGUCUACUUCCCGCUCCACACCAGAAGUUGAGAAAAACAUGGGUGCCAAGUGGUCAAGGUGUUUUGGGUGCUUGUAUGGGGAAAGCCUUUAAAAACACCCAAAAUUUUUUGGGUGCUGGGUUUCAAAAGAUGUGGGGCUCUGGGGUUGGGUCCCCCCUCAGCGUUGUUUUGAAAGCACAGCUUGGUUGACUGAGAGCUCUGUCUCCUAUUCCCAGGCUGUGGUUACUCCUCAGUGUGGAAGGAACUCUUUACAUGCUCAGAGGCACUCUUGGUUGUUAUUUUUUGUGUCAGAGAAAAGUGCAUACCUGGCAUAGAAAAGGGUUCCUGGCCUAGAUUUAGUCCUAUAUAUAGUUGCUCCACCUGGAAGAAACCGCUUGAGACUUCCUGUUCCUCCAAACUUUGGAGGAACUUAUAUGGAGGCACUUUUGACCUUAUUCCUGUGUCCUGGGUGGGAGUCAGUCUCACCUUUUCUCCUGGCAUGAGGUGAAUUGCUUUCUAACAGCAGUGUAACGGGCAGAAAUCCAACAGGUGAACUUUCCCCAUCCCAGGCAAGGACGUGUGGUGAUAAGGAUAGCUUCGCCUGUGGGAUGCCUGCCUGAGAUGCCACCGUCUGAGCCCCAAAGAGCUCAGCCCUAAAAGAGUUGGCAGUCUUGCAGUGGGACGGUCACACUUGCCUUGGCACUGCCCACUAGCAAUGCCCAAGUCUAACUUUGAGGAAUUGGGGGCACUACCAAUCUCCCCCCCACACACUGCAGUAGGUAAAUAUAUAUUAUUUUUAAGUAGGUUUCCACUAUUCCCCCCCCCAAAAGAAAUGCAAAACAGGGGUGCCAGUUUCUCAAACUGUGGUCUGUGGACCAUUCUUGGCUCAAUAGCUUUAUCCAGAUGUUUGCAUUAACGAUUCUUGCUUUUUAAAAUUGUUUUUGAUUCCUUUUUCUUUUUUCUUCUUAUAUUGUGUUUUCUCGUUUCACAAUGUGGAUGUCACGGAUUAAAAAAUACAAUGGAAAACAGUGCAUGACAAUUGCUACACCAGGUGGGGGAAAUCAUGGAGUGGUCGGCUGGAACCCUCAGCAAUUUUUUCCAGGGGUCUGUUUGGGUGGAUGAGGUUAGAGAGGAAUGUAUUUAUCUAUUUAUCUAUUUAUUUAGCCCAUCCUUGGAUGUAGCCAAGGGGGUGCAGGGGUAGCAGCUGCCCCCCUCUAAACCAAGUAAAUAAAUAGAAAUACUUAACUAACUGACCAAUUGCAUCGCAGGUAUCUCGGUUCUGUGCCCCCCCCCAAACAUAAAACCUUCUCGGCCCACUAAAAUAAAGCCAGGCUACGCCCAUGUCGCUAUCCCAGAUUCUUCUCCAAGGAGCUCAAAGUGGUCCCCGCCUCCUCAUUUAAUCCCCACAACAACCUUGCGAGGCGGAUUAGGCUGAGAAGUUCCAGCGUCGCACCCAGGGAGCUUCAGGGUCACGUGCGAAUUUGAACCUUGGUCCGACACACAAAUGUCUGUGUCUGUGAGGUAUGUGUGUAUGUGUGAAACAUCAAUCUAUUUUUCAGAAACAAACACAUGAGUCACCUUUGAAAUCUCCAUAUCAAACAUGUAAACGUUUACUUGCGAAGAAGUGAGAAUCCUUUUCCUUUAUAGCUGCAAACAUUCUGACCUCCCCCCCGCCCCCGAUAUUUAUUUGUUUAUUCAAAUUGAUAUACAUAGUUAUGGGUAUCCAAUUCCAGUUCUUCAUGGCCUCCCUUGUCCUUUUAUAGGAGCCUGUCAUCCCAGCUGACUUUUUUAUAUUGCAAUUUUAUGUCGUGAACAGCCCUGAAAUCUACAGGUACAGGGUGGCGUGCAGAUUUUCAUCGCAACUGCAAUUUUUGUAGUUUCCAGCUGCUCUGUGGAGAUGGGGGACUUGGGGGAGCUGCUGAACCUGAGGAUAUCUCCCCCCACCACCCCCUGCAACUGCUUCUAAGUCCUCGGACGCUUGUCUUUACUAUUCCAGAUGUUGAUGGACUCCAGCUCCCAUAAUUCCCUGGGGCUGCUUGGAGUUGGAGUCCAGCAGGGCUGUCUACCUUUGUCCUGCAGAGAUGCGCGCGACAACAGAGGCACAGGGUGUUGUUCCGAGCUGCCCCUUUCUGCACCCGGCUCAACGCCCACUCGGCAGCGGACCCCACCCAGCAGCCUCUCCCGAGUCCCACGGGGCCAAGUCCCACCCUGUAAUGUUCCCUGAAUGACUCCACCUUCUUCCUGCUUCUCUCCGAAGUCUCCUGGCUCGUGAAACGCUUUGCAAUCUCUCCCUCCAGCUGUGCCCGGAGCCUGCGGAUUGGGGUGGGGGAACCUUGGCCUGGUAGGACGAACCAGCCAACCUGCUGAAGGGGUUGCAUCAAGCGCGCUUCCUACUCGGAGUAGACCCCGCUGAAACGAAUGGCUAGAUUUCAGCGGGGUCUGCUUCGAGUGGGACUUAGCCAAGGUACGACCUCAAGGUGCUGGCUGGUCCCUCAGCCAGAAACCAGGGAAGUGGAGUGUUCCUCUGAGCAUGUGCAGAGAGUCUUCUGCUCUUUCUAACUGCCUGCAAUAGCAGGACAGCUAUAAUUUUUCUGGCCUCCUCCGGAAUGCAACACUGAAGGUCUUUGUGCACAAGAGGAAGAAAGGGGGAAAUACAUUUUUUUUUCUUUCUCUCUCCACCCCCUGGGGGGGGGAUGGCUUGUGGCCGGUCAAAUUUGUCCUUCCUGUUUCCUAGACUUGGGUUCUGUUUCACCAGAUCCUUCCUUUCUCUUCUCCUCCAGCCAUGCCUUCCGUUUUUCUCCUUGUGUGUUUUCCUUUUUUGAGAAGGGACAGAGGGGGUGACAGCAGAGCACGGCGCGUCUCGCUAAAGCUGCGCUGAUUUCUAUGCCCUUGCAAAACCCUCAAAUUAUUAUUUAUUUUAACUUAUUAGUUGGGUCCCUCCCCCUUUUUAUUACAAAAAAACCCCCUCAAAAGUGGCAAUAAACAACCAAUGCAUGUUAAAACCAGCAUAAAUCUAAAAUGGAAGAAACCUAAAAAAUUGUUCAUAUUUUUAAAAGGCAGAACUAAAACGUCCCACCCGCUGAAGGAGGCCACAGAUUAAAUGAAAGCCCAAAGGCUUGGCGGGAAAUAAAAGUUUUUGCCUUAUGCCUAAAGAUAAGUAGUGAUGGUGCCAGCCGAGCCUCUCUGGGGAGAGCGUUCCAGAAGCAGGGGACCACCACCAAAAAGGCCCCAUUCUUGUGUUGCCACCCUCCUGCUGGAAGGGGCACACAGAGAAAGGCCUCUGGAUCAGUCCAUGAAAAUCUCUGCUUUCCCCAACCACCUCUUUUUAAAAAUGUGUCUCUGCAAAACAGCCUAAGGUAUUCAGAUGGGGCCAAUAUCUCGUUGCUGCUGUCCUGAAGAUUGGCAGUGCCCACCCUUGGCACGCAAACCCAGGAAGCAGUCGAUUCUCUGCAAAGAGUUUUGGGGUGCCUGGAAGGGUGAGGUGGGGACCUGGUUUGAGGAGUAUGCAAGCCUCUUUGCUCAGACAGGCUCUCCUUGCCAGUGAUCGUGAUUCUGUCCUACCUGACAAGGGUUUUGUAAGGUCGCCUGGGGGCCUGAUCAGCCCCGAUAGCAGAACGAGGCGGUGAAAACAGGAAUAAUCCCACAGUGCUUGGAGAGCAGCUGGGAGUGUUGGGACAGAGCAAGUGUGCCACUUCAGGGUGCAGGUAUGUGGGGGGGGGGUGCAACUGUGGGAUUUGCCAUCCUCAUUUGCUCCUUGCGCCAGCCCUGUAAGGUAGGUCAGACAUCGGGUUCCAGGAAGUGAUUGCAAGAUUUGGGAAGAGCUGGAAAUUACAACUGGGAUGACACGUCCAAAUAAAAUUAUAAGGGAGGAAAUGACUAAAUGGAAGUCAACAAAUGUGUGUCUGUCUAUCUAUCUGUCUAUCCAUCUAUCUAUCUAUCUAUCUAUCAUCUAUCUAUCUCUCUAUCAUCUAUCUAUCUACACACACACAAACAUAGACACACCCCAGAUAAUAAGAGAUAAAGGGUCAGAAUGUUUGCCCUUUGGAAGGAAAAGAAUUUAAGCAUAUUUUCAUGUUUUUACAAGCAAACGUUUAAAUAUUUGGUAUUGAUGUUUUAGAGAUAAUUCAUCUAUUUAUUUAAGAAAAGAAGAUGGGUAUUUACCUUGCGUAUCAUUGGUUCCAAUUUUCCCCUCUCACCAAAUUCUAUGAAAAUUGCUUCGGGGGGGGGGGGUUCUUACUGGACCACUUUCUGAUUUUUGUUCCCGUUGCAGCAAUUGCAGAUUCUGCCUCUUUAACGGCAUUACAAAAUAUAAGAAAUAAACGAAGCGAUAAAAAAAACACAAUAUGGAUAUUUAAUGUGAUGAAAACACUGUCUCCUGUCUUUCACGACGUAGCCGAAGAACACCUGGAACGAAGCGUAGUUUGGGAGCCCCUGGUAUAGAUUUUUAAAGUCAAGAUAAAAUACAACGGAGGUGGUUUGUAGGAUGGCAUGAUGCGAGUAAUGAAGGCCACAUCAGGCUGCCUCUUUGAACACACAUGUCUUCCCCCAAAGAAUUCUGGGAGCUGUAGUUCAUUAGAGGUGCUUAGAGUUGUUAGGAGACACCCCUAUUCCCCUCCCAGAACUACAAUUCCCAAAGUGGUUCCGCAAUCAAUCCCUCUUCCCAGGGAACUCUGGGAAUUGUAGCUCUGGGAGAGGGUGGGGCCAGUUGCAAAAAGUGGUGCAACUAGCAUAGAUUUUACCUUUGUGAAAUAGACUUAUAUUCUAAGCACACAAAGUCCUAUACUCCCUGCUCUGUCCUCCAUUUCCAAGCAAGGAAGAGGCAUAUGUCAGAGUUCAAGAACAGCAAAAACCAGCAAGGAGGUUGCGCAGCAAGACUGGGGAGGGGCUUGGUGUGGGGAAGGAGGUGUAUGGGGAGAGUCCUAAGGGCCAGAGAGAAGCCCUGGAGGGCCAUCAUGGUGCCUGGGCCUGGGGCUCCCUACCCACUGCUUGACAACUCUUAUAUUUUACCUGGGACUGCAAAAAGAACUCUGUGUGUAGAUUCCCUGGCUGGCUCAAGCUGCUGCCAGCCAGUGCAAGCAAUAAGCCUGACAGACAGUGAAGUCAGUCACUAUCUCAGUCGGUAGAGCAUGAGACUCUUAAUCUCAGGGUUGUGAGUUCGAGUGCCACGUUGGGCAAAAUAUGUGACGCACUGGAUUGGACAGCCCUCGUGGUCCCACCUGACGCUACAAUUCUGUGCUGAUUCUAAGGCAGUGUUUCUUGGCUUUCCAGCUGUUUUCGGACUACAAUUCCCAUCAUCCCUGCCCGCCGGUCUUGCUAGCUAGGGGUGAUGGGAUUUGUAGUCCAAAAACAGCUAGAGACCCAAGGCUGGGAAACACCGUUCUAAGGCUUCUUCUUCUUGAAGUCAGCCCUUUAUUCAUAACCUUGAGGACGAGAAUCUUCAUUUUCUUUUUACGGGGAGGGCAGCAGCUCAUUGCUGUGUGCAAGGUCCCAGCCCCAGGUGGGAAAAUGGACCCCCCACACACACCUGAAACCUAGAAGAGCUGUUCCAGCUGCAGCAGCGCAGACCACCAGUCUUCUGCCGGGUGGGCCGGCCAUUUGAAAUUCCCCCUGGCAUGGAGAUAUUUCUGAUCAAAAAGCCCCAUAACACAGCAAGGUAUUGCAGCGUAAGAAUAUAAAAUGGGGACGGAAGCAGCGGCUUUAGAACCAGGAAAGCGAAGGCAACGGACUCUGUGUCUGGAUGAGGCCUGAGUCUAAGGCCAGGGUGGGGUCUCUUCUCUUAAUAACCACUUCUGGUUUGCAACAGAGAACGAGAGAGAGAGAGAGAGAGAGAGAGAGAGAGCCCUUGCGACAGCAGCUCCCACCCAGGCUGAGUCACGGGCCUCUCAGGAGGUCUCCCCCCCCCUCAUGGUACCACCCUGAACCCUCCUUGCCACACAAGGUGCCUGGGCCUCUCCCUUGCCUGCUUCGCCCUCCUUAUCUCCCUGCUUGCCUCACCUGGAUUUCCAGGAAGUGCAACGACCUGGCUGGUGCAACCAGAGUGGGGGGUGGCAGCUGGGGGAGGGAGGGGGGAAAGCUGCAUUGGGCAAAAGGACAGGGAGUGGUUGUACUGCCCGGCUUUCGUAGCUGCUUUUAAAAUGUCUUUCAAAAGAUUUUCACUGAGGCUGGGGUUGUGGACUGCAAGGACUGUCACUCCCCAGUAUGAACCUACGCGGGACCUUGAGAUCAUCCUCUGAGACCCUUCUCCAUGUUCCUCCUCCAUGAGAUGUUCUGAGUGUGGCAACAGGAGAACAGGGCCUUUUUUGCAGUGGCUCCCCGUUUAGCUCCAGGCAAAAAGCGUUCCUCUUCAACCAGGCCUUGGGUUGAUUGACAUCCAGUGCCCUUUAAAAUGUGUUUGUGGGAAGAGGGAUUGUUGGUUUGUUGUUGUUACUAGUUUUGUUAUGUGUUUUAUGUUGUCAUCUUGUAGUUUUACGUUGCAAACCGCUCUGUGAUCUUCAGAUGAAGGGCGGUUUAGCUCAUCAUCAUUACAGUGGUACCUCUGGUUAAGAAUUCAAUUUGUUCUGGAGGUCUGUUCUUAACCUGAAACUGUUCUUAACCUGAAGCCGCUGCGCCGCCAGGGCACGAUUUCUGUUCUCAUCCUGAAGCAAAGUUCUUAACCCGAGGUACUAUUUCUGGGUUAGCGGAGUCUGUAACCUGAAGCGUAUGUAACCUGAGGUACCACUGUAUCAUCAUAACAACAACAAUAAUAGAGCCUCCAGCUGCAGGAGUAGUGUACCCCUUGAAUAGCAGGUGGCUAUGGAAAAAACAGGAAGCUGUUGGCUAGCAGAGAGGAGUGGAGCAGAAUGCCGCAGCGAGACUCCUUACGGGGUCUUCGCCACGGGAUCACAUUCCCCCAGUGCUAUACCAGUUGCACUGGCUCCCGGUGGAGUACAGGAUCAGGUUUAAGGUGCUGGCUUUAACCUUUAAAGCCCUAUAUGGCCUAGGACCCUCGGGCCUAGGACCCUCGGACCUACGGGACCGCCUCUCCUGGUAUGUCCCACGGAGGACCUUAUGGUCUUCAAAUAAAAACAUAUUGGAGAUCCUGAGCCACAGGGAGGUUAGACUGGCCUCGACCAGAGCCAGGGCCUUUUCCACUGUGGCCCCAGCCUGGUGGAACGCUCUGUCACAAGAGACCAGGGCCCUGCGAGAUUUGGCAUCUUUCCGCAGGGCCUGCAAGACAGAGCUGUUCCGCCAGGCCUUUGGUCAGGGUUCAGUCUGACUCAUUUUCUCUUUGUAUAAGAACAAGCACGAAGGAGGUUUCCCAGCCUGUUCACAGGUCCUUAUAAUAUCAGUGGAAAACAGUUGGUCCUGUCUAGUAUUAACCGCUUUCAGUUUUAACCUAAGGAUUAUCAUUUGUCCAGCUUUAACUUUAAUUUAUUUGAAUUAUUUUUGGGGUGCAUUUUAAUCAAUUGACUGCUUGUUUUUAUGCAUAUUGUAUUAUUUAUAUGAUGUUAGCUGCUCUGAGGCUGGAGAGGGCAGGGUAAAAAUAAAAAAAUAAUAUUAUUAUAAUAAUUAUUAUUGCAGGGAUAGUAUAUACCACCUCCAAGUAGCAGGUGGAUGGGAAUGAGGCAGCAAGCUGUUGGCUAGCGUUGCUAAAUAUGGAGCCUCUGGUUGCCAGGGCAGUAUACCCCCUGAAUAGCAGGUGGGUGAGGAUAAAACAGGAGGGGGACUGUCGUUGCCCUUUGUGCUUUGGGUCAAAAUGUUGGAUCAAAGCCCGUGUUGCAGAAGAGAACCUCUGAAAGAUGGAUGCCUCAGGCUGACUAUGCAGAGCCUCCAUGGAUGGGGGCAGUCUACCCUGGAACACCAGCAGGGACAGAAACACAGGCCUCUCCUCUUUCUGCCCCAUCCCAGAGACACCAGAGACCGGCUUCUGUCGGGAACGGGGCUCGGUGGCCCUGAUCCCAAGCCUUAUCGUUGCACAGAGGGACAGGGAGGUGUGGGUUGUCGCGGUUUGUGGCUAUGCGCCGCUAGCCGGUCCUUGAGACGGCCUCAGCCAUCCUGUUGCCAUCUUAGGCGUCGUUGCGCAAGGGAGUUGCAGCGCAAGCGGGCAACCGCCUCUUCUUCCCUUUCCACCGCCGUGCCUGUUUUGGGGGCUACACCCUUGUGUCCUGGGCUCACCCUCUGGGACGGAUGCUUGAGCGCAUUUGAAGCGCAUAGGGAGAGGUCUUUGGGUGCUGGUGGGAGGGAGAAAUUGCCUUAUAUGGAGAGAGUCAGGCCACAGGGGCCUUCCCAUAUAAAGCAAGAUUCUAGUCCUCAGGUUUCUGAAUAAAGGGCUGAUUUAAACAGGAAGCUGCCUUACUCCAGAUCAGGCCGCCGUGCAUCAAGCUCAUUAUUUGUCUACAUUAGCAAAGCAAACACUGUGCAGAGUCGCUGGGGCAACCUUGCCAGAUGGGCGGGGUAUAAAUAAUAAAAUUAUUAGUAUUUUAAAUCCCCCGCUAUGGUCCCUCAACUUGAUCACAUCUCCUUCGAGAAAUAGACUUGAAGAGAGCCUGUCGUUAGCUUGAGGAACAGGUUCAUCUAUUCGUUAUUUAUUCUUUCAUUUAUACCCCAUUAUAUACCGUAUUUUUCGCUCUAUAAGACGCACCAAACCACAAGACGCACCUAGUUUUUGGUGGAGGAAAACAAGAAAAAAAAUACUCUGAAUCUCAGAAGCCAAAACAGCAAGAGGGAUCUCUGCGCAGUGAAAGCAGCAAUCCCUCUUGCUGUUCUGGCUUCAGCGAUAGCUGCGCAGCCUGCAUUCGCUCCAUAAGACGCACACAUACUUCCCCUUACUUUUUAGGAGGGAAAAAGCGAGUCUUAUAGAGCAAAAAAUAUGGUAUUUCUUCCCAGGAUCUCAAAGUGGCGGGCAUGGUUCUCCCAUUUCACAACACCCCUGCGAAGUAGCCUUGCCCUGGCCUAGGCCUUACCAAAGGCAGAGUGCCAUUCCCUUCCAGCCUAGGGGUAUAGUAUAGGAGCCUUUCACUUUUUUUUUGGAAAGUAGCUCUCCCACUUCUAAAUUAACCUUAUUUUCAGCCGUUUGGGGCCCCUUAUCUCAGCGGGCCACACAACGGCCCUCCAGAGCGGACUGGUGCUAUCUCUAGGCCGCACCUGGAACGGGAAGGGUGGGAGAGAGCCAAGUCUGUUGGGUGGGAGACGACAAUUCACUUUCGCCCCUGUGCCCUCGUUGGGCAUGCUGCCAUCUCCUCUGCUCACCCUCCUCCGAAUAAACCCAUUGAAAGGAACGGGCCUCAGUUAGCCGUGCGCAUUCACCUUAAUGGGUGCUGACUCUCAUGUGGGACCACCAUUGGCUAUGGACAUUAGGACGCCAUUUUGGAGCCAUCGGGCCUGGAGUCUUGCAUGUCCCCACUCUCAAGACAUAUUGGUGUAGUGGUUAGAGUUCUGGACAAGGACCUGGGAAGAGACCAGGGUUCAAAUCCCACCCAUGGGAGGGGUGUCAGUUGCUCUCUCUUGCCUAUCCCACCUCGCAAGGUUGUUGUGGGAAUUAAACCCAGGAGGGGGGAGAGCCACGUACACCACCUCCUUGGAGGAAAAGGCAGGAAAUGAACGUUAUCCCUGGGAUACCUCAGCUUGGUAGAGCAUGAGACUCUUAAUCUCAGGGCUGUGGGUUCGAGUCUCACAUUGGGCAAAAAAGGGGGUUGGGCUAGAUGACCCUUGGUGUCCCUUCCAACUCGACAAUUCUGUGAAAUGGGCCCAGGGAGUGUUGGUGCCUGGGAUCCUGCCCAGAGGCAGUUGUGCCCACCCCAUGCCUCUUGCAAAACGGAGCGUGUUUUUCAUUUUCCGAGGUGCAUGUCGUCCGAUGCCCUUCCAGCCUAUCCUAGCCCUGUUAGCAAUCCCACCCCCCUUUUGCAAGCCGCCACGCAGCAGUUCCUCUUUCAUAUCAGCUGCUCUUCUUAAGUGGGUAGUAAACGGACAAUCUUAUUUCCUCGUUCCCUUGCGCGCUCUCUCUCUCUCUCUUUCGUUCUCUGUUUUCUUCCCCCACCUGGGUGGGCUGUUGUCCAGCUGGCUUGUUCAUUUUAUCCUCACCGGGGUUGAGGGGUGGGAGGGAAGCGGUCUGGCUCCCCACGCUGCAGCUGUGGGCGAAAGAAGAAUCGGAAGCCGGCCUGGGGAACCCAGGUGUCCGGGCCGAGGCACCUGUUUGGUGGUGAGCAGAUUAAGGGACUUCCCUCCCUCCUCCCAUCCGCAGACUUAGAGACUAAGGGCCCAUCUGCACUGAACAUUGAAAGCAGGGUCACGGCUUUGCCAAAGGAAUCCUGGGAACUGUAGUUUGCGAAAGGGUGCUGAGGCCUGUUAGGACCAACAGUUCCCAGAGUGGUUUGAACAGUCAAUCCCUCUUCCUAGGGGACUCUGGGAACUGUGGCUCUGUGAGGGGAAUGGGUGGUCUCCUAAGAACUCUCAGCACCCAUAGCAAACUACAGUUUCCCAGGGGAAGCCACGGCUAUUUAAAGUGGUAUGGAACUGCUUUAAAUGCGUAGUGCAGACGGCGGGUGUAACUUUGUUAGUUUGCUUUCUAUCGGACUGAGUUCUGGUCAUAGCUGUCAACUUACAGAUUUGAAAAUAAGGGACCAGCAGCCUUGAAAAUAAGGGAUCAGCAGCCAAAAUAAGGGAUCAACAAUUACUUUGAUAAAAUACAUAUUUUGUUGCGUGCAAACGGCUUUAGAUACCUAUUAGGUCCAUAAAUCACCAUAUAGCAUAUAUUCGACACAAAAAAACAGCAACAAUUUGUUGUUGACAAAGCACAGCUGGACAUAGAAAGGGCCCAAUUACCUUCAAUAGCUUAUUUAAGGGACAUCAUCAAUAAGGGACAGCAGCGGGACAUGGUGCUGGGAUAAGGGACUGUCCCGCCAAAUAAGGGACGCUUGACAGCUAUGGUUCUGGUUUGUCUGUUUUUUAAAAAACAGAUUCGAGGGUUGGCAGAGUCCGGGACAAAGUUACCCAUAGGCAGCUGACUUACUUGGUCACGGGUGUGUUGUUUCACACACACACACACACACACACACACACACACACACAGUGUUCGACUGGGACUAUGGAGACCCAGGUUCAAAUUCUCACCCAGUUGAGGGACUUUGGGCCGACUCCUGACCUACCUCAUAGGGUUGUUGUGAAGAUAAAACGAGAGUGGGAAGCAGUUCCUGGGAGGAAAGGUGGAAUAGAAAUGAAAACACACAAAGCCGCUGCUUUUUCCAUAUCACACACUCACAACCUGCAUCUGGUCAGGUACUACCAGCAGACAAACCCGAACUCAGAGCAUCUGGUUGGCAAUUGUGAGAACAGGAUACUAGGCUGGCCUGAUCUAGAAGCCUCGCCUUACGUUCUGAUAGGGGCAGAAACCAGCUCAGAUUAUUUUGAUGGGUGAAUAGCCGCAAGAGCCGUCUAGAGCCUCCUGUUUCAGGAGCAGUCUACCUCAUUCUCCGUUGCAAGGGAGGAGAGUUGCUAUUGAGCUCAAGGUCCUCCUGCUCAACCUCUGUGAGAACAGGAUGCUGGGAUUAGACGCGGCCUGAUCCUGCUGGGCUCUUCUUAGUUUCUUGCGACCUUCUGCAAACCAGAUCUGCAGAAGGCUAGGACCAGAGCACCUCCUUUGAGGGGCCUAACUGGAGCCCACUUCCAGUGCCAGGCUGCGAAAUGAUGUGUUUCUGAGCAUGUUCAGAGUUCAAAUGCCACAUCCCUCCUUUGAGGGGUCUGGGCAUUCCUCCCAGGAAGCUCUCGACACGAGCACCUUUACGAAAUUACCCACCUAGUACUUGCCAGGACAAGGGAAGGGAGAUUUUAUUUUAUUUUAUUUACAUCUUCCAACAAAAUUUUGAUUUGACGAAACCAGACAGGGAGCGUCCUCUCCAGAGCAUGUCCCUUGCCACUAACCCUGGAGAGUCGCUAUCAGUCACUGAUGACAGUCCUGAGGUCGAUGGACCAGAUUCUGACUCAGUAGAAGGCAACCACCCAUGUUCUUUUGACUAAUGGUCCAAACUUUCUAGGUUCCAGUUUAAAUCAUCCCUUUAUGCAAAACCAUGACGACUAGGAACUUCUAAUUUGGCAGAGGGAGUUGCUGGAAAGAACAUAAGGACACAGGAAGAGCCCUGCUGGGAAACCAGAGCUCAGUGGCCUUGCAUGCAGGAGGUCCCGAGUUCAAGUCCCGGCAUCUCCAGGUAGGGCUGAGGACGCCCCCUGCCCGAAACCUUAGACAGAUGCUGCCAGUCCGUGCAGGCAACACUGAGCUCUAUGGACCGGUGGUCUGCUUGUUUAUAAGGCAGCCCCGCCUAUAUCUGGUGCCAGGCCUGCCUCUCCUUGCCAUCUCCCCUGGCGCAGUUCUGUGCCCGCCUUGCCCGAUCUGUUCAGGGCACAGCAGGAGGGAAGAAGCCCUUUCUGCUGGCGCCGUUGCUACCCUGCAGGCUGAGUCAAGCCAGCACUUUCGGGGAGGGACCUGGGUGGGGGCGCGGCUUGGCUCAGCAGGGGCAGCGCCCACCUUGCCAGGCCGCUCGGCAGGGCAGGUUGGGACACGCCGGCUUGGCUCAGCCCCGCCAGGUGACACAACGUGGCUCAGAGAAGUGGGGCAGGAGGCAAGGAAGUAGGGCGAGGAGCGAGGCUGGCGGUGGACACCCUUUCUGGGUCGCUUGGGGCAGGUGUCGUAAUGAUGUCUCUCCCACCCACCCCACCCCCGGCGGCUGGUAUUCAGAGGUACGUCGGCGCUCCUGGCAGCGGAGGGAGAACGUCGCCACCGUGGCUGGCAGCCAUCCGUCUCCCGGGAUUUGGCCACCAAGUGGGUGGCGAUCUCUGCACCUUGUGGCAGGGAGUUCCAGAGGGGAAUUCUAAGCAGAACCUCCAUAUUCCAAGGCAGUGUCUCUUGUCCUUGCUUCUUUCUUGCUUCCCCCUCUCUUGCGGUCCAUUUUUCCUCCCUUGAGGGAGAUUUGGGAGAAAAAAAGGGUCACCAGGGUUGUGAUUUGAGGCAGGAUAAUUGAGAGAUUCCCUCCCUCUUCUUCUCUCCAAAGGUUUGGUUCGACCUUUGUGGAAGGAGGGGAGACUCUGGAGCAUGUGCAGAGUGCACUUUCCACACCGCAAAGCGCCCAUUUGCUAGCCUCUGUGUGGUUGGUGCAUGAUAAAAGUGUCUGUGUGGAGGGGUCAUCCUUGCUCGCUUGCCUUCCUCCCCUCGCCUACCCUGGUGUUUCAAAGGUGGAAAUAGUGUCAACGUUGUAAAAUCCUUGUUGCCUGAGAUUCUUGUUCAGAACAUCUGCACGCCCAGCCAGCAACAUGUGGCUGAAGGCUCUCUUCCCCUUUCUGUAUGCUGUUGACCAGAUGUUUUGCUAGACUACAAAUCCCAUCGUCCUUGACCAUUGGCCAGACUGGCUGGGGGCUUAUGGGAGUCCAAGAACAUUGGUCAAACUACAAUUCCCAGCAUCCCCAGCCAUUGGCCAUAUUGGCUAGGGGGCUCAUGGGAGCUGAAGUCCGAGAACAUUCUUGAACUACAACUCCCAGCAUCCUUGGGGGCUGAUAGGAACCAGAGUCCUCCUGCUAGGCGCCUCCGCUGCGUAGAUUUAUCCGUCCUACCCUGUUCAAAAAGCCAAGAGGGUCUUUGCCGCCACCUCCUUGAGGGUUUGAAACAAACCGAAACCGCAAUUGUCUGCUGCCAGAACGAGCCCAGGCAUUGUGCGUUGUGACUGGCUGUGCGGUGGUGUUCUUGUGUGUGUCUUAACACGCAUGUGUCCUGGAGACGAGGCCCGCCCACUUCUGAGAUGUUAACUCCCAGAGAUCCUGGCAAAGAGUUGCAGCCUUGAAGCAGGGAGUCACACAUAGCAAAAUCUGAACAGGACACCCCCCCCCAAAAAACCAACAGAAAAUGAUUUUACUUAUAUAUUCAUAACAUUUAAUCCUCCGACCUUCUCAUCCAAUGAGCUCAAAGCAACGUACAGAGUUCUCCCCCUCCCUCCACACUAACCCUGUGAGGUAGGUUAGGCUGGAAGAUGGUAACUGGUCCAUGGUGACCCCAGUGAGCGUCAUGGCCGAGUGUGGAUUCGAACCCAGGUCUUUCCCGUCCUUGUCCAUCUGAACCAUCGCAAUCACCCCCGAUAGGGAAGAGCUGGAGGGCUUCAAGGUCAGAAGGUUCUACGUUGAGGAUGUCACGCAGAUGGCAACUUUUAUUUUUGUCACUCUGCAAAGUUGGGUGUGGGGGAGCGGAGGGCCGCAUUCUGUUCUGGGCAGCCUGCCAAGGGCCGUGUGUGCUAGCGGUGGGCGGGGCCAGAGGCAAAAGUGGGCGGGGCAGCAAAUAGAAAUUUUGCCUUUGAGCAUGGGGCUAAUUUCUACACUUGCUCACCUCUCUCUCUCUCUCUCUCUCUCUCUCUCUCUCUCUCUCUCCCCAGGCGAGUAAAUAAGGCAUGCUUUAGUUGACAUUCCCGCAUUUCAGGGGGUUGGACUAGAUGACGCUGAGGACCCUUUCCAAUUCUAUGAUCAGAGCUGAAAGGCACAUUCUGGCCAGGCAGAAACACUCAAAUAGUGUGUGAAGCCGAGGGCCAGUGGGGGGGGGGAGUGUUGCCUGGAGAGAGUUCUGAGGGCCAAAUAGCGAUAUCCCAAGGGCCAUAUUCAACCCCUGAGCCCGGGGCUCCCCACCCCAGAGCUAAGAGGCCUCCACUGACUUUUGUAUGCAUGUGUCUGUUUGCGAGUUGUACGGCUCACCGGUUCUGCAGCAGCUUCUGGAGUUGGCUCGCCAUUAAUGGAACCUCCCACUUCAGGGGCAGUCUACCUCCAAGCGCCAGCUGCUCAGCGCAUGCCAGAAGGAAAGGCGGCGGAGGAGGGCAGCUCUUCCUUUCAUAUGCCUUUCGGAAGGCUCCGUGGCCUAGGCUGGCCAACUUCCGAAACGGCCUCCGCAACUGUGCCUUUUUUGGGGAACGGGAUGAUCUGUAGUCAGGCAUGUGUGCUUUGAUCCAUGCGCCGUGGGACGCCACGCGGUCUCUCUCUCGCACGGUGCUUUCCACAGAUUGAAGCACAGGAGCUGCCCAAGCCAUGCCUUCCAGGACAGUUGGCAACCCUGCUUUGUGUUUAUACGGAUGGAGCACAGAGUCUGCGAGGAGCUUGUGUGCGCAUGUGAAUGCCAAAGGACUCCCCGCCUCGCUUUUCUUACAAGCUUCUCUUAAAUUAUCUGCUUGCUGAUCAGCCUCAGGUAGCUUCUGUGCUCACCACAACGGCUUCUCCCGCACCUGGGUGGGUGAGUGGGUUUAGAGGCGAGGCCUCUAAACCGGCGCGAUUUCCCAAUAAAUGUCACAAGCCGCCAUUUCACAUUUUCAGAGGCUUUCGAGGGGUCCCUGCACCUCUUGCCUCGCGUCCCAACAACCCUGGCACGUGGCGUUAUUCCCCCCCCCAUAGGGCGGGUGGGAAACGCCGAGGCCUGUGAGGGAUGCGCACGGCGAGAUUCGAACCGGGGACUGUUUCCUGACUUGUAGCCUUCGCCGCACUUGGCUGGCUGCUCGCUGGUGGUGGUUGGUGUGUGUGUUUUUUCCAGGUGGGUGCCUUUCCGGGGGGAGCAGGGAGAAAGCAGGGUGAAUCCCCCUGCCGGGCUCUCCGUUCGAGGCUGGAGAGCGUGGCAAAGGGUUAAGAAGGUUUGAGGGUGGGGUGCUCACAACCUGGGGUGUGGGCGUUGCCUCCUGUUUGAGGUGGGAUCCUGCCUGCCUGCCUGGCUCAGAACUGUUUGCUCCUUCGAGAGAGCGUGAGAGAGAGAGAGGGGGGGAGAGAGGUAAGUGGCGAGGAUGAAUCGCCAGGGGUGGCUGAGGGAUGUGUUUGGGCAAAGGGGGGCUUGGAGAACAGUGCUGGGGCGCUCCAGGUGCCAGCCCUCCUGAAAUCAGCUUUUGAGGGUUCGCCGGCGGCCUCUCCGCCAGAAAUGUGUGUCCGCUUUGCAAGGUUCUGCGGAGAGGUUCCAGAACCAAGCAGAGCUGGUCGAAGGCUCUGCAAAAGUGUCGGAUACUGCAAUUUUAGCCCUUUCCGGAAGCUAUAGGUGCUGGGUUUGGGUGGCGGCACCCUCUUGGGGCAGCUCGGCAAGGGGUUUCUGCCCCCCAGCUGUGGGGCCUGGCAGUUUGGAGGUGAAGGGGGGCAUUUAAACUGGCUCUGCUUUUACGUUCUGAAGAUGAUGAAAUUGUGUGUGUGUGUGUGUGUGUGUGUGUGUGUGUGUGUAUUUAUUUCAGUAUCAAACAUAACCUAGGCAAGUGGCUGUUUUUUGCAUCCUUUAACUGCCCCAUCGUAUCCGCAGCCGAGCCCCCCAGUGUGUAUCAUAGCCCCACACGUUCCCACCGCAUGCUUUUGGGUCUCUGUGGUUUUCAUUCCCACCCCAUUUCGUAAUAUAUGAUUUCCGCCUGGGUAGUUUUCCAAAGUGUGUCAGUUGCCGCAUCCCCUUGGAAUUCUCCCUCCCCACCCCAGAUCGAGUGGGGUGUGUGUGUUGCGCUCUUUCUGUGGGGUGCUUUCCCUUCCUCUAUCUCCUGCUGUCGGAGGAUUCCUUCGUAACUGGAAUCCACCGUCUCAUUCCAUAAUUGAAAUUUGGCACAAACUGAUUCACCCUUGGAGAGGCAUUGGUGGGAAGGGAGGAGAAUGAGCUCUGGCAGGACUUUCAUAUCUCCGGUGUUGUGGCACAGGUUUUGCUUGCUUGCUUCCUUGAAAUCCUCUGGAUUUAGUUUGACACCUCAGCCAUGCUUCUAGUCCUGUGUGUGUGUGUGUUUGCGGGGGAGAAACUGCAGAGAUCUGUGAAAAGCUUUUCUGGUUCCAUCGUCAUGUUUUGCGAGGGGAACUCCGCUUUCUGUAGUUCAGUUUCCUUCUUUCUUUAUUAAAUGGCAAGUUGGCAGAUUAUUAUUUUUUAAUAUACGUAGAUUCUAUCAGUGAAGUUACUUCAACAUAAACCCAUUUUGCACAACUCCCAUGUUUCUGUUUCAAUUCGUCCUGUUCAUCUCCAGUUUCCCGCUCCCAAACCCUCCUUGCCCACCGAAAAAGUAAGCUCAAAAAUUUAUGAAGGGCAACCAGAUUGCUAUUAGGGUGGAUGAGUCCAAGUUCAGAAUUUUCGUAUUAUUAUUAUAAUUAUUAUAUUAAAUUUAUUACCAACCACCACCAGAAAGCAGCCAGCCCUUCACCGGCAGGUUCCAGGGGAUGUUGAGACCAUUUCAAAUCUGGUAUUAAAAAUAGUUUAAACUGAUUAUAGUCUCAGGAACAGGGUGGGCCCUGAAAGCACACACCUCAGAUGUUGUAGGCCGGAGUCGAAUCAUAGAAUUGUGGAUUGGAAGGGACCCCAAGGGACAUCUAGUCCAACCCCCGCAGUGCAGGAAUCUCAACUAAAGAUGUGUGCCUUCAGCAUCCCCAGAAAGCUGUGCAGUGGAGAAGCCAGGCGUACCUCUGUGCAGAGGGAGUCCCGCAACAGAGGGGCUGCCACCGAAAAGGCCCUCUCGUUUGCCACUGCCACCCCAAACAUCUGAGGGAGGUGGAAUUCCCAAGGUGCCCCCAAGGAGGGUCUGUGGGGAAGGAGGAGGCCUCUCAGAUAUUUGGAACCUAAGUCACCUAGGUCUUUGGGUGCUGGCAUUUAUUAGCACCUUGAAUCGGGCCCGGAAACUGAAAUUUUCCAGCCGCAGUUGAAAUCGGGCCUUAAACGGGCAGUCAGUGCUGAUUUCCGCAUCUGUGCAAAGAUAUUUUUUUACAACUCAUCAGAGACGUCGCUGGGAAACGAUGCGAAACCCAUCCUAGGUUGAAGUUGGAUCUUGUUGUCCCAGGAAAGCUGGUUGUGUGGGGCUUAAUAUACAUGCAGGUAGCUACAAAUUCUGCUGCCCAUCUCUCAGCGCUGCGGUUUGCAGGUUGGGAGCCCAUUCGUAGUGCUCAGGGGACCAACCCUGUUUUUACCACCCUGCGCACCUGGAAGUGUGCAGUGUAGCAAAGCUUGGGGGGAGGAAAGGAGGAAGAGGCAUAACCACUUUCCUCCACUGCCGCCCGAGCCACGCUGCAAAAGGAUGUCGGUUUUUAUUUUCUCAAAAGAGGCUUUGUCAGGGUGUAGGAAGCUGCCCUGUACAGAAUCGGGUCCUCGGUCCGUCAAACUCAGUAUUGUGAUUGCUGACGGGGCAGCUGUGUACCUGUCCUUACCUGCAGCUAACAACAAAAUUAUCCAGUUUGUCCAGUCCUCCUUUAAAGCCAUCCACGACAGUGGCCACCGCUGCAGGUUUGAUCCCUGUCUGGGACAGCUGCGUAUUCCUGCAUUGCAGCGGGUUGAUCCUCUACAAUUCUCGGAUUCUGCGUGGAGGUUUCUGGGUACCAGGUUUGGCGACCGCAGUUUAAAAACCUCUGCCUUACCUCCAUAUUGAGUACCACCUGGAGACGCAAUUGGGGGAUGAACCUGGGACCUUCUGCCUGCAAGGCUUUGCCACUGAGCUAUGGCACUUCUCCCAAAGGAGGAAGAAGAGGGAGGCCUGUUGUGUCUCUGCAUGAGUUCAUGGUUCCGCAAGCUCUCCCAUUAGGACCAGGCGAUGUAUCGAUAUACAGUGGUACCUUGGUUGUCGGAACUUCAUCCGUUCCGGGAGUCCGUUUGACUCCCGAAACCGUUAGAAAACCAAGGCGCAGCUUCUGAUUGGCUGCAGGAGCUUCCUGCACUCAAUCGGAAGCCACGUCGGACAUUCGGCUUCUGAAAAAUGUUCGCAAACCGGAACACUCACUUCUGGGUUUGCGGCAUUCGGGAGCUGAUUUGCUCGGGAGCCAAGCCGUUCGACAACCAAGGUACCACUGUAUCGUUCAAAACCAGUUUGAAGUCCAUAUUGCGAUAUCAGUAUCAUAGUUUUCGACCUCGCAAUAUAUUGCGAAUCAUGACGUGUGCAUUUGCUUUGGAAAAACCACAAUGUGGGAAAAACCAUGAAGCCUUGCUCCGUCCUUAUUUCAGGCAUUGUGAUAUAUCAGAAUAUUGCGAUGUUUAGUAAAGGUAAAGGGACCCCUGACCAUUAGGUCCAGUUGUGGCCAAGUCUGGGGUUGCAGCGCUCAUCUCGCUUUACUGGCCAAGGGAGCCGGCGUACAGCUUCUGGGUCAUGUGGCCAGCAUGACUAAACCGCUUCUGGCGAACCAGAGCAGCGCACGGAAACGCCGUUUACCUUCCCGCCGGAGUGGUACCUAUUUAUCUACUUGCACUUUGACGUGCUUUCGAACUUCUAGGUUGGCAGGAGCAGGGACUGAGCAACGGGCGCUCACCCGUGGCAGGGAUUCGAACCGCCGACCUUCUGAUCAGCAAGUCCUAGGCUCUGUGGUUUAACCCACAGCGCCACCCGCGUCCCAUUGCGAUGUUUAGCUGGUGAUAGAUCACAAAGUUGAAAACCAGAUACCAACCAGCCCUAAAGAGUAUUAUGACCUAACCUUAACCCUUGCCUGCCCCUUACUGUCCUCAGCCUCCCUCUUUCUCCCUGGUGCGCCCAGGACCCACUGACAUGGGCUCCUUCGACAGAUGAUCAUUUUGUUUCUUUCACCGUUUAAGAACUGAACUUCGCAUGGGCAAAAUUCAGUGCACCUUGGCUACCGGGACUUUCGGCUUACUGGGUUUUUGGAAUUUGGCAACAUGUGCUGUCUCUGCGCGCUUCCAUCUCCUUGGGAAGAGUCUUUCCUGCAAACAGGUCAAAGUGGCUUACAUAGUCCUCCCCCACCACACAUUUUCAUCUUCACAACAACCUUGCGAGGUUGGUGAGCUUCAGAGAUAACAGACCAAGGUCACCUAAUGAGAUUUGUGGCCAAGUGGGCAGGUGGGGAGGUGUUCAACCUAAACCCCGCCAGACUUGGUCCAACCCUCUAGCCACUACACCACACUGCCUCCUGUGGGGGGGGGGUUAGAAGCUACGCUUGCAUUUUGCCAGCUGGCGUGUUUUGAGGUUGCGACUGGAAAGAAAAGAAUAAUAAUGGUCUCUGUCUCACUUGGAGACCGAAACAGAAGCACCAUUGGCUUCCGUUGUCUCGGAAAGUCGCACUUCAAAGCAUCAGCAAACGCAGCGAUGGCAAUGAAAGGAACUUUUAUCUGAUUUUCUUUUAAAAAUAGACAAUCCAAAUAGUCAGUGUGGGGUUUUAUUUUUUUUAUUCUGAUAAAAAACAAAAACCCAGAGACUGUCUCCUAAAGACAGAACUGUUGUCCGUAUUCAGGAUGCUUUCAGACCUUGUUGGACCACAGCUGCCAUCCAUUCCCAGCCAGCAGGACCAAUAGUCAGGGGGGGAUAAAGUUCGGGGGAAUCUAGAGAGCUACAGGUCCUCCACCCCAGACUUGGGCACAUGGCCCAGGCAAUCAGGGAUCACAUGGCCCAGCCAAUCAGGGUUAAAGGCAUUUACAGAGCUGUAAAGCAAGGUUGGGGAAGCAACGACAUGUUCAAAUGUCGUUGGGCCACAGCUCCCGUCAACCCCAGUCAGCCUGGCCCAGUGGUCAGGAGGGAUGGGAGAUGAAAUUCAGAAAAAUCUAGCGGGUCACAGCUUCCCUCUUCUCAGGCUGUGAGAGGUGGGGUCCUACAGAUCCUGGAAGUGAGGAAUUGGAGUCAGGAGGAGGAUUAGAGUGGGAAGGUGGAAGGAGAGAGAAACAGAAGCCUAUUCUCUCUCUCUUGUUCUCCCAAAUUCAUGGAGGAUAAAGGCUCUCAAUUGGCUACUAGCUGUGCUCCGCCUCCACAGCUAGAGGCAGCAGCGUGUGGCGUGGUUAAACUGUGGAACUCCCUGUGACAGGAGGCAGCGAUGGCCGCCAUCUUGGAUGGCUUUAAAAGAGGUUUGGACAAAUUCUUGGAGGCGAACGCUACCCAGGACUACCCAGUAGGACGCAGCGAUGCUUCUGAGCACAGUGGUACCUCGGGUUAAGUACUUAAUUCGUUCUGGAGGUCCAUUCUUAACCUGAAACUGCUCUUAACCUGAGGUACCACUUUAGCUAAUGGGGCCUCCCGCUGCCACUGCGCGAUUUUUGUUCUCAUCCUGAAGCAAAGUUCUUAACCCGAGGUACUAUUUCUGGGUUAGUGGAGUCUGUAACCUGAAGUGUCUGUAACCUGAAGUGUAUGUAACCUGAGGUACCACUGUACCGACCUGGAAACCACAAGAGGCGAGGGCCGCUCCUGUGGUCAGGUCAUAGCUGUCAACGUUUCCCUUUUUUUAAGGGAAAUUCCCUUAUUCCAAAUAGGAUUCCUCGCAAGAAAAGGGAAACAUUGACAGCUAUGGCUCAGGUCCUGCUUGCUAGCUCCCCACUGGUUGGCCACUUGAGGAAACAGGAGGCUAGACUGGAUAGGCCAUUGGCGUUCUUGAGACGCUGAGGACUAGCCUCAUGCGCUGUGGCCUUGCAACACAGAAGCUUACUUUCUUCUACUUUCAGCACCUGAUCUGUUUCGGACCUGAUUCACCACCCACUAGCCAAACUAAACACGCUCUCUCUUUCUCUCUCUCUCGGCCUGGUAGCAGCCCCUGUCCAAGUCUAAGACAGCGCUCCUUUUCCUGCAAGCUGCAACAACUGCGCUGCUGGACAUUUUUUUAAAUAUGUUCCUGAAGCGUAUGACUAUUUCAGUCUCUUCCCCCCCCUUUCUUAAAGAGACCACGUUGUUUAGGGGCUGGAAAUCCUCCCACCCAUCUGAGCCACUCCCUUCCCCUGGGAACUCGCUAGCAGCAAAGUCACAUCAGGGCGGCUGUGUGGUUUUGCGUUGUGUUGUGUGUGUGUGUGUGUUUUAUGGUACGAAAGCCUUGCUCUCUCCUGCUUGCUCCCAGCUCUCUGGCAGGCGGGUUCCUUUCCUUGCCAGGGUCCUCCUGACCCAGGGGAGAGGCUCUGCGUGUACCGGGGGCCGUUCCCAGGACCUGUUUGGGCACGUCCCCUUCCCACCCAUCGCCUGCCUGGCACCGCACAGGAGCUGGCGCAAAGGCCGCCCCCCCCUCCUUCUGUCCUUCGGGGCCGGCUUGCAACAGAGGGAUUAAUGGGCGUUGGGCAGGAAAAAGUACAGCCGGUUCCUGAGGCUGCCUGUCAGUGCCCAGGUGUUGCCACCCUUGGCUUCCCUGCCCCGCAGUCCGCUUCCUUGACUUAGGCAGAUGAGAGUAUCUCGACGCCCACGGCGGGAGGCCAGCGCCACACCCGAGUUGGGAAUUUCUGAUAAGAGGAGCCUGGUUAUCCGAAUCAGGCCAGUGACCCAACUCAUCGGUCCUUCUGUUCUCUAGAUGCCCCACUGGGAAAUGGUUGAGUUAGCCUGACAACCAUGCGUCUUUCCAUUUUAUUAAAUUUUUUUUCCUGUGCUCAAGCAGGGCUGGAUUAACCAUUAAGCAAAAUAAACUUGAUGGUUGUGGACCCUCCUUCCUUGGAGGUUAUUUUUUAAGCAGAGGUUGGGUGGCCCUCUGUCGUGGAUGCUUUAGAGCUGAAGAUUCCUGCAUUGCAGCGGGGUUGGGCUAGAUGACCCUCAGGGUCCCUUCCAACUCUCCAAUUCUGUGAUUCUAAGCCUGUGCUUCUAAGCAUCAAGGGAAGGGAGGCACCAUAAUUUUUUCCCCAUUUUAACCAAAUUAAUGGUCACAAACUGCUCACCUGAGCGUUCGUUUUCUCAGUUGAAGUACCGUAUUUUUUGCUCUAUAAGACUCACUUUUCCCCUCCUAAAAAGUAAGGGGAAAUGUGUGUGCGUCUUAUGGAGCGAAUGCAGGCUGCACAGCUAUCCCAGAAGCCAGAACAGCAAGAGGGAUUGCUGCUUUCACUGCGCAGCGAUCCCUCUUGCUGUUCUGGCUUCUGAGAUUCAGAAUAUUUUUUUUCUUGUUUUCCUCCUCCAAAAACAUGGUGCGUCUUGUGGUCUGGUGCGUCUUAUAGAGAGAAAAAUACGGUACAUGAAAAUAACCGCAACAGAACAACUUUGCGGCAAAGCGGGCUUGGGUGCCUUAUGUCUCCUAAGUAUUGAAGCAGGCGGGCUACGUAAGGAUCUGAUCCAAGACUUUUCAAUUAGAAAAAGGAGGAAGGUUUUCCAAGUGUAAAUAAAGUUGGAAGUACAGUGGUACCUCACGUUAAGUACUUAAUUUGUUCUGGAGGUCCGUUCUUAACCUGAAACUGUUCUUAACCAGAAGCACCACUAAUGGGGCCUCCUGCUGCUGCUGCGCUGCCGGAGCACGAUUUCUGUUCUUAUCCUGGAGCAAAGUUCUUAACCUGAAGCACUAUUUCUGGGUUAGUGGAGUCUGUAACCUGAAGCGUAUGUAACCUGAGGUACCACUGUAUUCAAAACAAGCAUUAUUUUCCAUCUUACUGUAGGUUUUGUUUUGUUUUGUUUUGUUUCAAAAAAUUAAAUUUUGUUCUACGGUUUAUUAUUGUUUAUAGUUUGAAUUGGAUAUAUAUGGGGGGCACCAAAAUAUUUUAAGUGCUUAGGGGCUUCGAUAGGUCUUAAUUUGGCUGGAGUCUUCCUUCCCCCUCCCUGCUUUUGGGAUGGGGUGGGGUUCAAGCCAGGUGAGAGCUACCUGUGCUAUCCUCCUCCAGGUGUGCUAGAUGGGCUGGAUCCAGCAGGCUCUUUUUACAUUGCCGGACUCCAACUCCCAUUAGCUCGCACCAGGCAGCACCAAUGACCAGGGAUGAUGGGAGUUGUAGUCCAGCAACACCUAAGGCCCGCAGGUCCUGCAUCUCUGCUUCUUAAGCUUCCUGCCUUGAUGCCGCUCAGACUCUUGUUUCAUCAGUCCCAGUGCUGGUUCCCCUGUUUGGCGGCAACUCUCUCUGGCAGAAAAGGGCUGUUCCCAUCUCGUUCCCUCUGCUUGCGGGUUUCCCAGAGGGGCAUCUGGUUGGCCACUGUGCCAUCCUGGGCCACGUGGGGCUUUGGCCUGACUCAGCUGGGCAGAGUCUGUGGCAGCUGGGGGCACCAGGGAGGAAGAGGGCGACGCUGAACAGCGACUCAUGCAGAGCAGCAGCAGGCAGCCUCCUCUAAGAGGCAGGCCCAGGUUCUGGCAUUGAGGCAUGGCAGGAUCAGAUGGGAGAAGGGGGAACAGCAAACUCAUGCAGAGACACAACAGGGCCCCCUCCUCUUCCUGUAGCUCAGUGGUAGAUCUUUUCAAGGCAGAAGGUUCAAGCCCCAGUUGCGUCUCCCCGUAGGGCUGCGAGAGACUCCCUGCCUAAAACCCUAGAGGCCUGCUGCCAGUCAGUGUAGGGAAUCCUGCGCUAGGCUGACACCGUCGAUGGUGGCUUCCUGCGUUCCUACUCAAUGCAUAGGCGUCGCUUCUUGAGGCAAUUUUGCAACACACAAGUUUGGAAAUGAGUAAUAGACACAUACAGCUAAUAACUCGCACAGCUAAUAUUUGGGGAUUGCAGGAGCUACCGAGUUGCCUUUCGCUGGCCAGUCUUUUCCUGGGCGCUUCACUGCGGCUUCUUGCAACACAGGUGUUUCUAAGACGAUCCCUCAGACGUCACUGGGAUCCCUUGGGGGCAGCGAUGCAAGGUGUUUUGGGGUCUUUGGUUUGGGAGGGAGAUAUUUGGAAGAGGGGCAGUGUGCCAUCUGACACAAAGCUUUCCAUUUGGCUGCAUAAGGUCCCGGGGUCAGUUCUGGGUUUUGAUCAUUCAGGAGCCAAAACGUUCGAGAACUAGGCUGCUCAACUUCCAAGGUAUGACUGUACUGGAGACCCAUUGUAAGUCAGGGUAGCUCACAGAUGGGGAACCUGUGCCCAGACUCCCAGCUCCCCCAACCCCAGCCAGCAGGGCCAGGAGUUGGGGCCGUGUGGGGACUCCAGAGGGCUGAAAGGCCCCCCAGCUGUGGGCUAAAGCAGGGAUCAGGAACCUUUUUCAGCCGUGGGCCGGUCCACCGGCCCUCAGACCAUGUGGUGAGCCGGACUAUAUUUUGGGGGGGAAAAGUGAACAAAUUCCUAUGCCCCACAAAUAACCCAGAGAUGCAUUUUAAAUAAAAGCACACAUUCUACUCAUGUAAAAACACGCUGAUUCCUGGACUGUCUGCGGGCCGGAUUGAGAAGGCAAUUGGGCCGCAUCCAGCCCAUGGGCCUUAGGUUGCCUACCCUGGGCUAGAGUGUCAGACUCGAAGCACAGAAGGUAAAGGUAAAGGGACCCCUGACCAUUAGGUCCAGUCGUGGCCGACUCUGGGGUUGCGGCGCUUAUCUCGGUUUAUUGGCCGAGGGAGCCGGCGUACAGCUUCUGGGUCAUGUGGCCAGCAUGACUAAGCCGCUUCUGGCGAACCAGAGCAGCGCACGGAAACGCCGUUUACCUUCCCACCAGAGCGGUACCUAUUUAUCUAGUUGCAUCUGAUGUGCUUUUGAACUGCUAGGUUGGCAGGAGCAGGGACCGGGAAACGGGAGCUCACCCUGUCGCGGGGAUUCGAACCGCUGACCUUCUGAUCGGCAAGCCCUAGGCUCUGUGGUUUAACCCACAGCACCACCCGCGUCCCUAGCGAAGCACAGAAACUUGGCUCCAAAUCCAUAAAAGGUAUCGGUGACCUUGGGCUGGACAGCAUCUCUCCGGCUCGCCUACCUUGCAGGGCUGUUUGGAGGAAAGGCUACAGGCAUUCCCCAGGCUCCUUUGGAUGAAACUUAAGACAGGAACGUAAUGCAAGGGUCUAACCGUCCCGAUCGACUUAAGGAAUGUUCUUCUUUGGCAAGAUAGCAUCCUGAUUAUUAUUUUUUAAUGCCUUUGCCAUGAGUACUACAAUUCUUUAGCUUUCAGCCCCCAUCCCUUGAGCCAGAAGCGAAGUCUCUUGAGUUUCUUAAGCCGGUCAGGUUCUUGAGCAUGUUUAAGCAGCCAAGCCAACCCCCACCUGCAAAGGCGCUUUAAAAUCCCAAACUUGUACUAUGGCUACGUCUUAAUUCCCUAACGUUCAGCACCCGGAGCUGCCUGCCCGAGUUGGUGAACAUUUGGCAAGCAUGUCUCUUCCGUAAUAAGUUGAACCCCAUUGGUUCUGUUAGGUGGUGUUUUAAGUUAAAAAGGAGACUCUUGCUUUUUGGCCAUCUUACUUUGCGUCCCAUCGUAGCAGAAGUUGGCGCAGAUCUUUGGAUCGUGUCAUGUCGACGACGUCUGUGAUUUGCCGAUUGGGUAGGAUGCCUGAGGUCACACCCCCAACAUACAUCGAAAACACACCUGUACCGCUUCAGCAAUCAUGGCUUCCACCCCACCAAAGAAUCCUGGGAUUUGUAGUUUCCCCCACCACAGAGCUACAAUUCCCAGCAUCCUUAACAAACCACAGUUCCCAGAAUCCUUUGCAGGAAGCCAUACACUUUAAAUGCAGCGGUGUGAUCUGACUCCCACUGGUAGGAAAAAGCCCUACUUUUCAAUCCUCAGCAACUCCAAUGAGGCCUGGGAAUCUUCCAUCUGAUACCCUGAAGAGUCUGUGUGGACAAUCGUAAAAUCUCUCCCCCUCUCUAUUAUAUUGCUGAAAUAAAUCAAAUCAAGAAAUAUGGGUGGAUUGGGCAGGGAAACCAGGAUUUUUGUGUGUGGAAGCACCGUGAGUUCCACAUCCAGACAAGCGCAGAAUUAUUUCAGUUCUAAGAAUACACGCUUGGCUUCAGUUAGUGGAUUUGAAACAGAAAACGAAGUAGAUCCUGCAAGUCUGAAGUUGUGUGGAUGUACAACAAGUAUACAAUGGGCAGCAACCCGGGGUGUGAGAACCAGGGAUUUUAUGACCGCACAAGGCUUUGUUGUCUCAGGACUCUCAGAUCCUUUAGUUCUGCUUUAGGAUUGGAAUUGUUUUUCAAGUUGUUCAAUAGUUUGGCUGUGUGUCUGCCCUCCGUUACGACAUAAAGACCAUUAAUUAUAAGAUGCUUUGGAGAGUUCAAAGCUCCCUCUGAACUUAUCAGGCCAAUCUUGGCUGUAGCCCUGUGAGGUAGGCUGGCGUGGCUGUCCCCUUUAUGGGGCGGCGGAGACUGAGAACAGGGCAGCUUUGCCCCCAAGCCAAGUCAUGCGUUGGCUGGUGUGAGAUUCAAAUCUUGAGACGAUCCGACUCACACCCGAGGUUCCAGAGACUUGAGAUCGCUUCCAUGCUCGGCGCUUUGCUUCUGCCUUAAUUAACUUUCCCAUACUUGCAAAGCAGAGUGUGAACAUUCAGCAACAAAACUUUGGUUUUUCUAAGCUUCUUCCUUGCGUUAAAAUUUGGCUCAGAUGUGUGUGCUUGCCAUCGCCUCUUGAGGACUAGCGGCCUAAGGCGCCGGCUGGGCAGGAGCCGGAUUUGCUAAAUAUCCAGUACAUCCCAGGUUCCGGUAGGCAACUGGAACAAAAAAACCCAACGCAAUUCCAAGCUGGACUGAAAAAUGCGCAAAUUUUAAAACUCUUGACCCUGCCCCUUGUCCCACCUGGCUCCGCCUCUGACUUGAUCCUCCAUGAUCUGCCAAAUCCCUCUAGGCUCCGCCCCCACCAUGCCUGGGAUUCCGUCCUAGCUGAAAAUUCUCCUAGGCCCCGCCUUCACCCCACCAAGCCCCGCCUUUCCAUCCAAGCCCCGCCCCUUGCACAUCGCUGUUACUUCUGCAGUCUGCUGGUUCUGGGGCUGAUGCCCAGGACGGCCGUCACAAAUGCAAGGGGAACCGCAGGGCUUAGUGUCUCUUUCGGGGGAAUUCUAGCUGAUUCAGCUUUUCUCUAACCCCUGUGCGGCAAACGGCAGUUUCCAAAUUCCCCCUUCGCUGCAUUCAUCCUCCCCCCACCCUUUUGCAUCUGGUCACCCUCCAUAUUCAGGGCUUCCCGUAAAUGUGCAGAGCCCCAGCGCCCAUAGAUGUGCACUUUUGGCCCUCCUGGCCCUUAUCUCUCAGCAUCUCCCCCGAGAGCGGCGGCGGAGGUGGAAAAACCCCUCCUCCAGUCACCGCCGGGAUAGCUCAGCCCUGCUGCAACAUCCGCCACCCACUUUUUAAAUUCUUCUUAAAACGGAGGCGAACAACUGCCUGGAAGCUACAUUCUCCCCCCCCCACUCUCUGCACCCCAGCCUUCCCUCAAUCCUGACACCCUCCAGGCAUUGAGGGACUACGAUUCCCAUCAUCCCUGAGCGUAGGCUGUAUGUGUGGGGAGGUCAGUGGGAGCCGGGAGCCCCCGUCAGUGAAGACCACCAACCUAGAUGGCCUUGAAAGAGGAGUGGGGGGGCCUGUAUAACUUUGCAGCCUAGACCGUGGCUGGCUCCCAGUGAUAGAAACUCAAGUACGGUGGUACCUCGGGUUACAGACGCUUCAGGUUACAGACUCCGCUAACCCAGAAAUAGUACCUCAGGUUAAGAACUUUGCUUCAGGAUGAGAACAGAAAUCGUGCUCCAACAGCGCGGCAGCAGCAGGAGGCCCCAUUAGCUAAAGUGGUGCUUCAGGUUAAGAACAGUUUCAGGUUAAGAACGGACCUCCGGAACGAAUUAAAUUCUUAACCCAAGGUACCACUGUAUAUAAGCUAAUUGCAAAAUGGCACCUUGAAUCUAGGUUGUGGUAGCCGCAACAGAAUGUCGAUUUGCCACUGGGGGGGUUGGACUAGAUGAGCGCUGGGGUCCCUUCCAACGCUACGAUUCCAUGAUCUCGACUACAUUGCUUGCCCUUACAACAAUUCACCUGCCCCAAGAAGGAGAAGCAAGCAUAAGGGAAAUGGAAAUGGCAUUAACUAUGAAGCAAGGCAGAGGUUUUUUAAACUGUGGGGAAAAUGCAGAGAAUACUUCACAAAACAGUGCCCUAAAAUACAUACCUGGACUCGUUUUGAUUAAUGUCUGCAGGAGACUUUGUGGCUAUUUAAUUACAAUUAGAAAAAUCUUAAUAAUUAUUCAUAAAGGAAACAGUUUCUAAGAAGUAAAUGAGGAGUCCAGGUACAGGAUAAAGGAAGUCUUUUAUUUGGUUGUUUGUAUUGUUGUAUGUUAUGCUCAUUGUAUGUUAUGUUCAUGUUUAAUGAGGGUGGAUUUGUGUAUUGGGGGUGAGGGGUUUAUGUUGUGUUGUAAAUAAAAUUCCAAUCAAAAUUUAAACAUUAAAAAAUAAAAUAAACUGUGGUAGCCAACCUGGCACCCAGAAAUCUGCAUGUGGUCGCAAUUGGACCUGUGGCAGUAGCAAAACGCUCCUGGCGCCUGGCUAAUUUCUAACACCGCCGGCUACGGGUUCAGCUCCAUUGUCUGCCCCGGGGGUUAUUUAUCGAGCCUCUAAGGGGUUGUUUUGUGUGGAUCACCUAGCCAGCUUGACUUUGAAGUUGGGAACCUUUGGCUCCUUUCAUGGCCAGUCUGAAGAAGUAGCCAAACCCGACAGAUAAGUUCUGAGUAUUUGGCUGGGCAUGGCGACGCUGAACCCCGCAGAGGAGGCAUUCGCCUUGCCCGCUUGGCCAUGCUCCGAGGGGCCCGAAAACGCCCCUGUAAUUUGUUCCCCAUCAGAUGUUGGAGGGUAUCUUUUCUGAAGCCUGGGCUCUGAAAUCUCCCUCCUGGGUGACGGAGGAGACAGCUUUCGAGUGGUUGAGAGGCCGUGGGUGUGAUGAGCCGCGAGGCACGCAAUUCUCACAGACCCCCCCUUGGCCUGCCGCAGCAAAAAACUCUUUUGCUGAAAACAGGAAAAGGUGUCAAACCCCAGAGCUCCCACGUCAAAGGUGCAGGGUGGGGGGGACGGUGGGGGGGGGUUUGCUCCGUAAAGAUCUGGUUUGAGUGUCGCUAGAUUUGUUGCCGAAUCUUCCCCUUGUAGACAGUCUUUCGGCCGACAACGACAGCUUGAUCACACCCAGGGCAUUUGCGAUGGGGAAACUGCCAUCUAGCUCAGCCUUUGAGCCCCACGUUGGACAAAAAAACCCAUGCAUUUUGGAAGUUUGGACUAAAUGACCCUGCUUUGUGAUUCAAUGAUUGUCCACACAGACUUGCAGCAACUGUCCAGGGCAGGCAUAGGCAAACUUGGCCCUCCAGAUGUUUUGGGACUACAGCUCCCAUCAUCCCUACCUAACAGGACCAGUGGUCAGGGAUGAUGGGAGUUGUAGUCCCAAAACAUCUGGAGGGCUGAGUUUGCCUAUGCCUGGUCCAGGGUAUCAGAUAGGAGAUUCCCAGGCCUCCUUGAAGAGCUGAGGAAUGAAUGUAGGGCCUUCUUCUACCACUGAGUCAUGGCCUUUUCCCUAGAAAUAAGCUAAGGUUCUGGUCCUCAAGAUUCUAGAAGAUAGAUUUGAAUAGGAACCCAGGAAGCUGCCUUAGUGAGUCGUCUAGACCGCUGCCCCAUCUAGCUCAGGACUGUCGACACGGGCUGGCAGGGGCUCUCCCGGAUUUCAGGUAGGGGACAUUCCCAGCCCCACCUGGAAAUGCAGGGGAUUGAACCCGGGACCUUCUGCAUGCAAAGCAGGUGCUCUCCCACUGAGCUGGGGCGCUUCCCAGCCUCCCAGGGCUCCUUGCAAUACACCUCCAUCCUGCAUUAUUAAAGGGUGCAGUUGCAAGCUCACAGGUGAGACCGGGCUCAGGGCAAGAUUGCUUCAUCGCCCCAGCCUGAGCCAAAUGGCUGCUGUAUCAGAUCUUGGUGUGUAAACUCUCUGCCAUAGGUGGGGAAAUGAUUCGAGCACAGCAGGUAGCUGGAGUUUGUUUGGAGUGGGGUAAGGCGGCACGACGCACCGCCUUUUAGAUUAGUUCAUGAUCAUCUCCCUUUUUGGGAUGGAUGUGUAAGGCUAGAAUGCCAGCAAGCAUGCACAGAGUGCCUUUCUCUUGGCACCGAUGUCUUACUGGCUUUGCAGGUUUGGGGCCCAAGGACUUCUCAUUUAAAACAAGGCAAACAGAUAUCAGAAUGUGUGGUGGUAAGAAUUCUCAUUUUGAAUGAUGAGAGCCUGAUCUGAAUGCCUGCUCACCCAAGGAAUAAGUGGACUUGUUCAGACUCAGUUUUCCCCACCUGUGAAAUGGAAUCGGCAGUGCUCUGAGUGGAUGUGAUGACUAACCUGGACCAUCAUUUUAAGAUUGUUUCUGAGACAAGCUUUAGUCCUCUGGUUUUUACACCUUUUGGAUACUGGCUUGUUCCUUCAUCUUUGAAAUUCUAGUUCUCGAUUCCUCAUGUUCCACAGCCUUCCAGUCUGGACUACUACUGCUACUACUAUUAUUAGCAAUGAAUCCAGAACAACUUGGGCAAAAACAUCUGAACACAACAUCUCCACAUUCUCUAGUUUCCAUUUCCAUUUUGUCUCUGCCAGCGAGCUGCAAAAGGGCAUGUUAUUUGAAAAAUAAAUACACUGCAGUUCUGAUUUAUCUUUAAAUCUUGCAUCAAAUGCACAGUUAAACCGGAAUAAAUUACCCCAAACCUCUGUCAACCAGGCUAUUUGGAACUGAGCUGGAUAUUCCUGCAUUUGGGCAAUUUUUAUUUACAUUAUUUGGGUUGUUAAAUGUGUACCCUGCCCUAACCUUUUAAAGGGCCCCUACGUACAUUAUUCUGCACCCUGCCCUUUCUGUUAAUCUCACCAACCCUGUAAGGUAGACUAGGCUGAGAGAGGGUAUUGACUGGCUCAAGAUCAACCAGUGAGCCUAGUGGCUGAGUGGGGAUUCGAACCCGGAUCUUCUAUCUCUCUAACCACUAUACAACACUGCCUCUUAAUGAACAAAUGCAUUUCCUGAGCAGUAUUUCCUAAACCUCACAUCCUCUAGGUGCAGAUGUGCUACAACUCCCAUCAUCCCUGACCAUUGACAUUGAUGGGAGAUAUUGUCCAGAACAUCUGGAUGAAGAUUUUGGCGUGCCAAAUUCGCCAAACAGAAAUCUUAUUGAAAGUGAAGUUUACUUUAUCAGCAGUCAACAUUUUAUAACAACUGAAUGCACAUAAAUGCAACUGAAAAUCAGAAUUAAAAUACUAGACACUCAGGCAAUAUUUUCAGUCAAUCCUAAGAAGUCUAUUAAGGAUAGCUGUGCCCAAAACCUUUGCCUCCUGAUCAAUGGUUGACUUAUAGGAACCCUGCAGCUUGGAGGAGGGACCAGGGAGGGACUGUAUUAUGGGAUAUAUUAAACCUUUCCUCACCUCUUCAUAAAAGCUAUAAUAGAGAAGGACAUGCAAAAUAGACUCCGCCUCAACGUUGUUACAGAAGCUGCAUCUGUUGUCCACUGAGGCCACAGUCACACCAUAAGUUAAAAGCACUAUGACGCCGCUUUAAACAGUCAUGGCUUCCCCCAAAGAAUCCUGGGAGCUGUAGUUUGUUACGGGUGCUGUUAGGUCCCCAUUCUCCUCCCAGAACUACAGUUCCCAGAGUGCUUUAAGAAUCAAUCCCGCCUCCCAGGAGCUCUGGCGUUCGCUGAAACACAUAAAAUUCUAGUCCUCAUGAUAAUCUAUGGCAGGGGUAGGCAACCUAAGGCCCGGGGGCCAGAUGCGGCCCAAUCGCCUUCUGAAUCCGGCCCACAGAUGGUCCGGGAAUCAGUGUGUUUUUACAUGAGUAGAAUGUGUGCUUUUAUUUAAAAUGCAUCUCUGGGUUAUUGGUGGGGCAUAGGAAUUCGUUCAAUUCCCCCCCCCCAAAAAAAAUAUAGUCCAGCCCCCCACAUGGUCUGAGGGACGGUGGACCAGCCCACGGCUGAAAAAGGUUGCUGAGCUCCGAUCUAUGGGAACAGCUCUCCUGGGAGACGAUGGGGGUUGAAUUGGAGAUGCGCUGCUCACCGAACCACAUUAUGGGAACAGUGUGAAGGGGACAUGGGGCAAAAUAUAAUAAUGGGAGAAUCAGGGUAUUGCACAAUUGUCCCCAUGUUUUUUUCUCUGUGAAAUAUUAAGCAGAUGGUGAGUUUGGGUCAUAGAUGAUGCAGUUUAGUAGGUCACUCAGGCUAUGGCAUUCAUGGUAUUAUGGGAAUGAUUCUUCCUUGGCAACAUAGGGGAACAUAGACUUAUACCUUGCCUUUGUCUACACUGACUGGUUGGGGAUUGUAUAGGUGUGCCUGCUUUCUAUUUGUUUUGGGCUGGGCGUGGGCAUUUUGACUUUUGCUCAGGGGGUGUUCCUUUCAAAUGGGUGUUUUGCAGUUCCUCCCACUUCUCUCUAUGUCCCUUCCCCUCAAAACUUUGGGGACCCCCAGUGUUGCACCUCGAAGCUGCCCCGUUUUCUUAUCUCAAACAACACCGGGCAUGUUGCCUGUGGUUUCUGCAGCGUGGUGACGCUCUUGACAUGCUCAAAGGCACUCUCCGUAGCAUGUAUGGAUGUGCAGGCGAUAAAAGUGGGUUGUGCUCACCCUGACUAUACAAUGCUUGUAGAGGGGAUUCUGGGUACUGAACAUGCAUUUAUUUACGUACCGGUGUGAGGAACCUGUCGCCCUCUAGAAGCCAGCAAUAGCCCCCCCCCCAUGAAUUUGUCUAAUCCUCUUUUAAAGCCAUCCAAUUUGGUGGCCGCCUCUGCCUCCUGUGGCAGGGAGUUCCGUAGAUUAACACCGCUGCAGUUAAAGUAAAAAGUCCCAAACGCUACCACUCAUUUCUUUUUUUUUCUUUUUAAAAAAUAUUUUAUUAAGGAUUUUCUUGUUUUACAGAAGUGUAGUGCCUCGUAUUUUUUUUUUCUUCAUGUAACAUUAUUACAAAUCCGUUUCAUUUGUUGAGGCAUUAGGGGGAGAAGAAAAAAGAAAAGAAAAAAGAAAGGGGGGGUGGAGAGAGGGAAGAUGGAUAGGGAUGGGGUCGGGUGGCGGUGUUUCUAUUAUGUUUAAUGUAUGUAGAGUUUGGGGUCAGCGUUGCUUGUGUUGUUCACUUGUGUUCCUUUGGUGGUGAGAGAGGUUGGGGUUGGCCUAGGGUGUGAUUGUUUGCUUGUGAUUGGCUGUGGUGAUCUUUGUUUUCGUGUGUGAGUGAGGUGGGUGGGUGUUUUGGAUCAGGUUAGCCAUAUUGAUUUGUAUGCUGUUGGGAGAUUAUUGUCAUUGUCCUGUUGGGCUGUGUAUGUGAUAAAGGGGAGCCAUACCGGGGUGAAGGCGUCUUCUUCUGUUUGUCCCCGUGUCAGUUUCAGUUUAUUAGUUAAUUUUUCUAGUAGGGCUGUUUCCCAUACUAUUUGGUACCAUUGGUCCAUGCUUACUCCUGACAGGUCUCUCCAGUGUCUGGUUAUGGUGUUUCUGGCUGCUGAGAGGAGGUGGGUUAUGAGUUCUUUGUGGUGUAAAUGGGCAUUGUUGUCUUGGAAGAUGUUUAGUAGGGCCAAUUCUGGGGUGAUGUCUAUUACUUGCUUAGUUAUUUUACAUAUUUCUUGUAUGGCUGUUGUCCAGAAUAGUUGGAUUUUGGGACACUCCCACCACAUGUGGAGGUAUGUGCCUGUGGAGGUGCACCCUCUCCAGCAUUUUGGUGAGGUUCCUGGGUGUAUUAGCGCUAGUUUCCUUGGUGUUAGGUACCACCUGUAGGUGAGUUUCAGUGUGAGUUCUUUUCUUUUCGUUGAUAUGGAUUUAAAGGGGGGUUUGGACCACAUUCUGGUCCAUUGAGUGGGGUUAAUCUCAUAGCCUAUGUCAUUCUCCCAUUGUUUUUUGAUUGCGUCUAGGGGAUUUGCGGGAUUUUGGAGUAGUAUUUUGUAUAUUGCGGAUACAAUCCCUUUACCGUUUCCCUUUGUUGUUAGGAGGAGGUUUUCGAAGGUUGUCAGGGGCCUAGUUGCUGCUGAUUUUGCUACCACUCAUUUCUGAUGCUUUCUUGUUUUUCUCCUCUCAGGGGGCUCAGUAGGAGGGUCUUCCCCUCUGGCAGUCUUUGCAAGAACCCUGAGAGGUAGGUUAGGCAGAGCAAGGGGAGCCAACCCAAUGUCACACUUUGGGGGUGAAUAGAGGAUUUGACUUUGCACUGGCUCUGCCGCGGAUACAGAGUUCUGCCCUCCUUCUGCUUUUCCUGAUAAAAGCUCCAUGCUUUCAAUGCCUAGCAGGCAGCAGUGCACCAGGUGAAGCUUUCCCAGAAAUGGCUGCACCAGUUGAAUUUCUGCCCGCUGUGCAGUUUUUAGAGCCCUCUGCCCGCAAAGCCCUUAUAGCUGAUUGCGUCUGGACCCUGCCAGUCUCCCCUCAGCUCCCUUCCGAACCCUGAUGGCUUCUGCCUGUGCCACAACCACCACCUCUAAUCCCAGCCGAUUGCUCCUCCUGCUAAUCCCUCCUAAUCUGAUUGGCGUUUGUCAGGGUUUGUCAACCCAGAGGGGCAUGAUGGCUUAAUUGCAGCUCAGCCCGUCCCUCUGCCUCCCACCUGUGCCCGCAGGGGCAGGUGGAGAAGGCCUCGUGGGUAAUCUCAGGACUCCUGGGUUCUAUUCCCAGCCCUGGGAGGGGAGGGAAAUCGAGAGCGGAGGUUUCUGUGUUCUCAGCAGAGGCUUGCUGCCUUGUUUUGUUCCCCCUGCUGUUUUGCAGCAGCAGAAGCCAGGCAGAAAUUCCACAGGCAAAGUGCUGUUUGGUCACCUUUCUCUGCAGUGGGAAGGGCUGUGCAGCUGCUCAGUUUGUUUUCCUGCACAGCAGCCAGGCAGAAAUCCAACAGGAAAAACACAGCUCUCACCUGAUCCCUGCUGCUCAAUUUCUGCCCUCUUUCACAGCAGCCAGGCAGAAACUCGUCAGGUGAAGUGCCACACAGACACUGCGUGCAGCAGGUGACCUGCGACUGCUCAGCUUCUGCUGCCCUUUAGAGCUGUCAGACAGAAAUUCAACAGGAAAGGCUCUUUCUCUCUCUCUCUCACACACACACGCAAUAUUCACUGUGCAGGGAAGAUCGCGUCAAUGUCUGCCUGACAUCGUGACAUCCUGCGGGGAAGGGGGCAAAGGCAGUAGCACUUAGACACGAGGAAUGGGAGCACGAGGCUUGGGCUGGGGGGCGGGGAGAGGGCCGGGCGUGCAGUGUGGGAAAGGAGUGGGGCGCUGGGAGGGCCAGGGCGGCUGCUAGCUGGGACUUGGAGAGACCGCGGAGAGGAGACCGAGCAAGGCCUGUCCUGGGCAUUUUGCCCCAUUGCGCCCCUCCCUGAGGGAACGCAAUCAAAGCCAGCCUCUCUCUCUCUUUUUCUUUCUUUCUUUCUUUCUUUCUUUCUUUCUUUCUUUCUCUCUCUCUCUCUCUCUCCCCUCGCUCCUCCAUGCCAGGCAGGGGCUGGCAAAGUUCUGGCUGAGCUGGCAUCCCCCCGGGCGUUGCCAUGACGCGGACCGCGCCCAGCUCCUGGGUCAGAGUGCUCCUCCAGGAAGAAAAACCACGCCUGCCUGGCAGGUCCCUAUCCGUCGUCCCCCCCCCACCCUCCAAGCCUUCCCACCGCCACUCUUCUCCUCCUCCCCGCAGAGCCAGCCUGCCCGCCUGCCCAUCCCCUUGCCCGGCCGGUUGAGCCUGCUUGGCAGAGAGGGGAGCGGCUGCCCCUGCUUGGAGCCCGUCCCCUUCCCACCCACCCCUGCCCCGUCGAAGGCAAACACACAGCCCAGCUGGCUGGCACCCAAAGCGGGCAGGGAGCGGCCACAAGGCAGCCCCGUUCCGACUUCCGAGAACAAGGCGAGGCACGACGACGAGUCUCUCUCUCUCCCCCCCCCCCCAUACCCCACCAUCUUUGCCCAGCUGGCACCCAGGUUAUCUGGGAGAACAGGAUGCAGCAGGGGGAACAUUAUUAGAGGGUGCCGGAGGGAGUUUAGGAUUAUUUUACUUUCCUUUGUAUAGCACGUUUUUAUCCAAGCAGCCUAAGGUAGCAUACGUUGCUCCCCCCCCCCCACUUCCCACAACAACCAUGCAAGGCAGUUUAGGCUUUGAAGCAGUGACUGGCUCUGAAGAGCACCCAGUGAGCUUCGUGAAAUUCGAACCCGGGUCCCUCCCGGGUCCUAGUUCCAACAAGUUGGAAUUCGAACCCGGGUCCCUGCCGGGUCCUAGUCUGACGCUCUCGCCACUACUGGCUCUCUCUUAAAAACUGACUUCUUUUAAAUGGUAUUGGGUAGGGGGCGAACUAACCUUUUCAUACCAGUUUCUCAUUUCUACCACUGUUUGAUUUUUUGUUUUCCCCAGAAAAUGAAAAUUCGUUCAGUGUGAAUUUUUCCUACUGUACCCAUUUUUCGUACGCAGUUUGCCAGAGAGGCAUGUCUGGGUAGGGUGUUUUCACGAAUACAUGCAGUAAAAGUACAAUUUACCCUCAACAGUGUUUGCACCAUCAUCCUUUCCCAUGCCCCAGAAGUUGUUGGACUACAACUCCCAUCAUCCUUGACCACUGCCUGAGCUGGCUGUGGACAAUGGGAGUUGUAGUCCAACAUCAGCUUGGGGAGGAGCCAAAGCUGAAGAAGGCCAUGGCCUAGAAUAUGCUGGAGAAACUGCAUCAUAAAAUUCAGAAGAGUGCAAAUUUCGAAGGCGGGCUGUGUUUCAGUUCUCGCAUCAUUUUGGAAAUUGCAAAAAUUAGGUAAAGGUAAAGGGACCCCUGACUGUUAGGUCCAGUCGCGGCCGACUCUGGGGUUGCGGCGCUCAUCUCGCUUUAUUGGCCGAGGGAGCCGGCGUACAGCUUCCGGGUCAUGUGGCCAGCAUGACUAAGCCGCUUCUGGCGAACCAGAGCAGCUCACGGAAACGCCGUUUGCCUUCCCGCUGGAGCGGUACCUCUUUAUCUACUUGCACUUUGACGUGCUUUCAAACUGCUAGGUUGGCAGGAGCAGGGACUGAGCAACAGGAGCUCACCCCGUCACGGGGAUUUGAACCGCCGACCUUCUGAUCGGCAAGCCCUAGGCUCUGUGGUUUAACCCACAGCGCCACUGCCUUAAAAUGUGAACUGGAUCGAAAUGUUCCCCCUUUCCUGGGGAACUGCACCUGGGACCUCACCUACAGCACUAAGGAUCUUUAUAGUUCUACUGGAAGUUUCUAGACUCCUGUCAGGCCCCAGUCAGCAUGACUACAGGUUCAGGGAAUGAUGGGAGUUGUAGUCCAGCAACUUCUGGAGGGCCACAGGCCCCCCCUCUCCUGUCCUGGACCGUGUCACAACCUAUCAGGGAUCCCAUAUGAAAUGAUUCCAGCACGGCCUACCCCUGAUCUGUACUCUGGCGCAUAGAAACGGCAGUCUUCCUAAGCACAUACAACAUGCAAUCGGAAUUUCUACCUGGGAAGCGCCACGCAGCCUUGUUAGGAACAUCUAGGGCAGCCAAUGCCCUCCAGAGGUUGGGAGCUGUCAUUCACAACCUCUGGAGGCCAGGAAGCCGGUCUAGGGAACGGCUUGGCUGAAGAGGCUAUGCUGAGGGCCACAUUCCCUUUGUGGGGGGGGGGCACAUGCCAGCGGUGGGCGGGGCCAGAGGUAAAACACCCGGAAAGAGCAACAGAUGUGAUUUGCCUGGAGAAAAAGCGCUGUUUUGUGGAGGGAAAGCGUGGCACGAAAUUGUGCCAGGGCACAGCAACCAAAAUGACAGCCAUGCUCUCUCGAUAAAUAAUAAUAAUAAUAAUUUAUUAUUUAUACCCCACCCAUGUGGCUGGGUUUCCCCAGCCACUCUGGGCGGCUUCCAACAAAACACUAAAAUACAAUAACCUAUUAAACAUUAAAAGCUUCCCUAAAGAGGGCUGCCUUCAGAUGUCUUCUAAAAGUUUGGUAGUUAGUUUUCUCUUUGACAUCUGGUGGGAGGGCGUGCUACAGGGUGGGUGCCACUACCGAGAAGGCCCUCUGCCUGGUUCCCUGUAGCUUUGCUUCUCGCAAUGAGGGAACCGCCAGAAGGCCCUCAGCGCUGGACCUCAGUGUCCGGGCGGAACAAUUGGGAUGGAGAAGCUCCUUCAGAUAUACAGGACCGAGGCCGUUUAGGGCUUGAAAGGUCAGCACCAGCACUUUGAAUUGUGCUCGGAAACAUACUGGGAGCAAGUGUAAGUCUUUCAGGACCGGUGUUAUAUGGUCUCAGCGGCCGCUCCUGGUCACCAGUCUAGCUGCCGCAUUCUGGAUUAGUUGUAGUUUCCAGGUCAAAAAACGGGAAGAUAGUACGUCUGGGAAGAUGGCGUCCUCGAUUUUGCCUUCAGAUUGUUGGAGGGUAUGGGCUGCUUCCCACCCACCACAUUCCUCUCUCUCUCUUGCUAAAUCCAGGGCAGCCCGAGGCAUGAUGGGAGUCCAAGGUUGCAUCCCAGCCAGCAAGGGCAUGAAGGCAGGGUCCGCGAGGGGCGUGGCCUAGGGAGAGAGUUCCAGGGGCCAGACACACAGGCCUUAAGGGCCGCCUGAGCCCUCUCCCCCUCCUUCCCCCUGCAGCUUUCGCUCUGGGUCUUCUCUCUCUCUCUUUGGGCGCCCCGAGAGUGGAGGGUUUGAGGCUCUCAAAUGCCAUGGGUCGUGGGCGGCAGGAGGGAACUGCCCUAUCUUUCCUAGGAAUCUGCCUCUAACCCUGUCUCUAUCAGGCCCCUGAUCUCCUUUGCACCGUCUGGGGGCGAGGGACUUCCUCCCGCUCUGAGAAGAAGUCAGUGCUGUGCUCUCUCAGAGUCUGCACACUUCCUUUCCGUGUGUGUCUGUUCUUUUCUGAGUUUCUUCACAUACAUCUGCCAUCUUCCCUGAAGGAGGCCUGGGUUUUAUUGCUUUAUUUAAUUGAAGCUUCUACGUUGUCUUCUCUCUCCUCCCCCAUUCAGUAGAGAACGUAAGACUCUUAAUCUUAGGGUGGUGGGUUCGAGUCCCGUGUCGGGCCAAAAAAUUCCUGCAUUGCAGGGGGUUGGUCUAGAUGACCCUGGAGAUCCCUUCUGCUAUUCCGUGAUUCUGUGAUAAAGGUUCUAAGAGCAGCUUACGUAAGAUCAGUUAAGAAAACGACAACUGCAAUGCUUGCGCUCUGAAAGACAUGGCACGAAAGGAAAAGGCAUGGGGAAGGAAGAGGAAAGCGAGCAAAACACAACCCCUUUUUGAUUUAGGCUUGGAGGGGAGGCAGGCGGGAAAGGUGAGUCCUGCACUAAGAAGGCCUUUCUUCAAACCUCGCCUCCAUCUUGGAGGUGCAGCUGUCGCGGCCCUCCCUCUUGGCCACAAAGCUCACUGUGGGUGACCUAGGCCCAGCCACUGCUGUUCAGCCUAACCUAUCUCACUGGGUUAUUUUGGGGAUCAGUUUGAGGAGGAGAACCAUGUAUACCACCUGGGGGAAAUGGUGGGGUUUAAAUGCAAGAAAUGUAUAAAUGGUAAGAACUGAAAGCGAUCAUUUCCCGCUUUUAGUUUCUUUAGCUCCUUUCCUGGAUUGUCAGUUUCCUACAGAGACAAUGUGUGCAGUUGGUGAAUCUUUGGGCAGAUCAAGAGUGAAAUAGUCUCUGAUGUUGAAUGACGAAAUACAUAGGAUCUUGGCGAGUGAUUUAGUGAGGAACCUGCAACAUCGCCUCAUAAACACCUCAACAGACCCAGUUUCGGAUUUUCUACAAAUUAGCACACUCUUCAGACCCUAUUUAACCAAGCCCAAUGCCACUAACUGCACACAGGGAAAUCAGCGAGGCUGGUUCAGUGGGCAAUGCGAGGAUGCAAAAAAAGAUCUGCUAAGGGCUAUUAGAAUAAACUUUCCGAAAUUAACAAGGGAAAUAAUGGGAUGGAGCAGAGCAGCGUAUAAACAGGACUAACGCAACCCUCUGUUAGCCUUAGUAAAUGAUUGCGAGUUUAAGGAAUUGAUUGCAUCUUGAAGGAUUAAUUGAUCAAAACUUCUCAAAAUAAAUGAUUGUCCGUCCCCAAACACCUUGCUUUGAAUGGCUUUUAAAUACAAAACCUAAAUGCUGCCUGUAUUGGCUGGUUCUAACAUCCCUGCUCUUUCCCCCCUGUUCUUGCAGGUGAGGCAAUGGGAAGCCCUGAAGACGACUUGAUUGGGAUCCCUUUCCCAGAACACAGCAGCGACCUGCUGGGCAGCCUCAACGAGCAGCGCCGGAGGGGCGUUCUCUGCGACGUGACCUUGCGGGCCCAGGGAUCGGAGUACCGGACCCACCGGGCCGUGCUGGCAGCCUCCAGCCGCUACUUCCGGCGGCUCUUCGCGGGGCCCGGCAUGGGUGUCUGCGAGCUGGAUUUCGUGGGGGCCGAGGCGCUGGGCGCCCUGCUGGACUUUGCCUACACUGCCACCCUGACCAUCAGCACGGGCAGCCUGGCAGAGGUGCUGCGAGCCGCCCGGCUCCUAGAGAUCCCCUGCGUCAUCAAGGCCUGCGUCGAGAUCCUGCAGGGAAACGGCUUGGAAGCGCCCGUCCCCGAUGACGCCGCCCGCGAGCGCGCCCACCGCUACCUGGAGGCCUUUGCCACCCUUCCCAACGCCGAGGGCGACCUGCCCGAGCCGCCCAUCUACCCGGCCCCCCGCCGCAGCAAGAAGAUCCGCAAAUUCCUGCAGGCCAAGGGCUCCCGCCUCAACAACCACCUCGGCGAGUUGUCGCCCUCGCCGUCCCCCUCGUCGACGGGGACGCAGGAGCGGCCGAGCCCCCCCAGUCAGGCCUCUCCAGCACCAGUCCUCGCGCACCCCCACGAGGACGAGGUGCUGGCGCCCUCUCGCGCCUUCCCGUACGCCCCCGGCCUCUCGCCGGAAGACCUGGGCUCGGACGAAGAGCCCACCGAACACGACAUCAUGUCCUACAUGCGGGCCCUCAACCCGGAAGGGCCGUCCCUGGGCCUGGACCCCCCGGACAAGCUGGUGCGCAAGCGGCGCUCACAGAUGCCCCAGGAGUGCCCCGUCUGCCACAAGGUCAUCCACGGUGCAGGCAAGCUGCCUCGCCACAUGCGCACCCACACCGGGGAGAAGCCCUUCGCCUGCGAGGUCUGCGGGGUCCGCUUCACGCGGUGAGCCUUUCCCCCCUUUCUUUCGAAACUGGCUCGCUCUGCCCACUGCGGCCUGGCUUGAUGCCAGCAGCAGGACGAGGCAGGUGCGAGAGAACAGACUGUACCACAUGGGAGUGUAGGGGUGUGUGAAAAUACCACAACUUCCUUCUUUUGAUGUUGGCCAUGUUGUUGAAAACACAGCUCCUUGCAAAGGAGGAGGAAAAGGUUCUAGAUCAGAGGGGAAGGGGGCUCUUUUGUCCGAAGGCCCCAUUGCUUUGCAGGGAACCUUCUGGGGGCUGGCAUGCCCAUGGGUAGAUACAGCGAGAGGCAUUGAGCGGGUGGAGUUAAUGGAUGCGACUCUGGAUCUUUGUUCGGGAGGCUACAUCCGAGGUUUAUUUUUAUAUGCGCACAACCUACCCCUCUCCAUCCAGACAUUCCAAAUUUCCAGGGAAAAGGGGAUCGGUUGUUAAACCACUCAGGGGGAGGAACGGGUGUGUGUCCCUAACAGCUCCGUUGGUAUAGCAUGAGACUCUUAAUCUCACGCUAGGCAAAAGACUCCUGCAUUUCGGGGUCUGGUUCAGCAAGCUGUUCUUACGUUCUUAUGUUCCCCAGUAUCCCAGCUGCAUGGGAAGCAAAUCUCCAGACUACGUGAAAAAGGCUGAUUAUUCAGCUCCUCCUUGGCAACAUGGUCCCUUCCGACUCUGCAAUUCUAUGACUCUAAGAUCUCUCAGCACUCCUAGCAAACUACACUUCCCAUGAUUCUUUGGGGGAAGCCACAGCUGUUUAAAGUGGUAUCAUAGUGCUUUAAAUGGCUAGUGCAGAUGGGGCCUAAGGCAAAACCUUAUCACUCCCAUUUCUGCUGAAAAGCUGGCCCCAGCUUCCUUCCUUUUUGUUUGUAAAUGGGCCAUUGGUCACCCUCCGAGAAGACCCAUUGAAAUUGGUGGGCUUAAGUGACUCAGGCUUCUACUGAAUCCAGCCCAGUGUUUUUUUUAAGCCAUGCUGGCUUGGUUUUAUUAUAAUUAUAGAAUCUGUAGAGUUGGAAGGGGCCAUGAGGGAUAUCUGGUCCAAUUCCCUACAGUGCUGGAAUAAUUUUGCACAACAUGGGACUCAAACCCACGACCCAGAUGUCUUACUUGGUUCCCCCCCCCCCGAGCUGUGCAGAAGGGGGGACAGAAGUUUAAAAUAAACAGUACCUUUUAAUCCUGUACAAAGUGGUGCUCCCUCUGCUAGAACUGUCAGCAGCGAAGAGACAGGUGAAGAGACAGGCAGUGAGGACUGUUCCAUCUGUAGCAGUCAAGGGAGCCUGCCUAUAGCCAAACUUCAAAGAGGCUUCUCCUUUCCUAGAGCUCCCUCUAGAGGCCAUUCUGCAUUUAUCUAACUGAGCAAUUACUGCGGGCGGGGGGGGGGGGUUGUACCCCAUUUGCCACCAGCCCCUGCUAGCAAGGCCAAUGCUCAGGCACUGCGAUUUUUGCAUAGUGCACAGACACACAAAUCAUGAUUUGCAAUAUAUCAUAUCCUUCAACAUUUCUCUGAUGAAAAUAGGGAUUUAUUAUUAUUAUUAUUGUUAUUAUUAUUAUUAUUAUUACUACAGUGGUACCUCGGGUUAAGUACUUAAUUCGUUCCGGAGGUCCGUUCUUAACCUGAAACUGUUCUUAAUCUGAAGCACCACUUUAGCUAAUGGUGUCUCCCGCUGCUGGAGCACAAUUUCUGUUCUCAUCCUGAAGCAAAGUUCUUAACCUGAAGCACUAUUUCUGGGUUAGCGGAGUCUGUAACCUGAAGCGUAUGUAACCCGAGGUACCACUGUACUUACUAUUUAUACCCCACCCAUCUGACUAUGAUGCCCCAACCACUCUGGGCAACAUAUAAGAAAACAUAAUAAAACAUUAAACGUUUUUAAACUAUACAGGUCUGCUUUUACAUGGCCCGGGGGUUGGAUAACUCCAUAUCCUCUUUUAACAUUUCUCCAGUGAAAAUAGGGACUUCCUAAGGAAAAGCAGGAUGUUCUGGAAUCAAAUCAGAAACCAGGAUGGCUUCUUGUAAAUCUGGGACUGUCCUUGGAAAAUAGGGUCUGAUAUAUUGCCAGGUCAAAAAUUAUGAAACAGUAUCACAAUGUAGAGGGACGCGGGUGGCGCUGUGGGUAAAACCACAGUGCCUAGGGCUUGCCGAUCGUAUGGUCGGCGGUUCGAAUCCCCGCGGCGGGGUGAGCUCCCGUCGUUCGGUCCCAGCUCCUGCCCACCUAGCAGUUCGAAAGCACCCCUAAGUGCAAGUAGAUAAAUAGGUACCGCUUUAUAGCGGGAAGGUAAACGGCGUUUCCGUGUGCUGCGCGGGGGCCAGCAGCUUUGUCACGCUGGCCACGUGACCCGGAAGUGUCUCCGGACAGCGCUGGCCCCCGGCCUCUUAAGUGAGAUGGGCGCACAACCCUAGAGUCGGACACGACUGGCCCGUACGGGCAGGGCUACCUUUACCUUUACCUAUCACAAUGUGGACUUCAAACCAGUUUCGGACAAUAAAUCGCCCAACCUUAAUUCUGUGUGGUCCGCUGGGUUCCUCUCCAUUUCAUAAGGACUAGCUGCCCUCUUGUUUGAAACGGAGGUUGACCACAAGCAAGGAAGAUGCUGCUGGGCCGCAGGCAUAGGUUUCCCUCAGCUCUUGCUGACGCAAAUCUCCUGUCUCCCCCCUUUCCCCCUCGCAGGAACGACAAGCUGAAGAUCCACAUGCGCAAGCACACGGGAGAGCGCCCCUACUCGUGUCCGCACUGCACGGCCCGCUUCCUGCACAGCUACGACCUGAAGAACCACCUGCACCUGCACACGGGCGCCCGUCCCUACGAGUGCUGCCUAUGCCACAAGGCCUUCGCCAAAGACGACCACCUGCAGCGCCACCUCAAAGGCCAGAACUGCCUGGAGGUGCGCACCAGGCGCCGGCGCCGUGGUCCCGAUCCCGAGCCCAACUCCUUGCCCGCCGCGGGGACACCCUUGGCCGACCACGACUUGGCCAACGGGCUGACGGAUGAGCAGUGCCUCUCGCUCGCCCGCGGCUACUGGGAUCCGGCCCGCGCCCAGCAAGCCCUGUCUCCUCACAUCAAAGAAGAGGAGGACGAGGACGAGGAUGAGCAGGAAGGCCGCGAGGAGGGAAUGGCGACGGACGACGGGCCGGCGGCGGAGGCAGAAACGGCGUAGGGGCCCCCCUCCCCGAGACUAGGCCUCAGGCCUUCUUUGCUUUGGCCGUUGCCACGGCGACUCCGGGGACUAGGCCGUGGUCCAGGCCGAGAUGCACUAUUCCCCCACCCUUUCUGUUGCCGCGGCAACGGAGACGAGAUGCACUAUGACCCGCCCCUUCCUGGCGCACUGAUUUGGUGCCUUUAGCGACCCCUCAAAGGGGUACGGGGCAGUUAUGAACCAAAGCAGGUGGGGUUGGGGUGGUGGGAGGGCAGAAAAGCAAGGGAGAGGGUUCAUAUGCUCAGGAUCAAUGAAAUAAGCAAUUAAAUAGGGGUAGUGCUAUUUGGGGGGGGUGGCGUGGGAGGGAAUCCUGAUUUUUUUUUUCUCCUAAGAAAACAUGAGAUUUAUAUAACUUUGGGAAGGGGGGAGUGGUUGGUGGCCCCCAGACCCUGCACUUUUGGGGGGUGCUCUGACCCCCAUGUUUGGGAGGCUAGGAGGGGAUGACUAGAUUUAUUUAUUUUUCUUAAGGCGAGGAUGUCAGGUUGAGGAGCUUUUGAGGAGUGUGCCAGGUUUCCUGGGUUUGAUCCCUGCCUCUGGCUUUCCAGAGAAUUUUAUUUCUGAGGAGGCAGAAGAGAGAAAAGAAGAUCUUUCUAUUAUUCCGGGCCCUGAGACUGGAAGCUGCUUUUUGAGAGAGGGGGGUGAGUGGGAGGCCCACAACCUUUUCUUUGCAUGGUGGGGAAAGGAAAGCAGGGGGUGUUUUUUCCACACCACCCAAGGCCGGUGCCUGCACCCUAUAUCGACAGCACCUCCUUUUUUGCACAGAGAGCCCCGCUCGGCCCUCAAUGCUUCCUGGUGGCGUCCUUGCACAGUGCAAUGGGCUGGUCCCAGCAGCAACCCGUCGUCGUCCCCAGUUUGUUCGUUUGGGGUAGGAAGAUGCCCCCAAAACAAGGCUUCUGACCCACAUUCCUAUAGCUCUUCCACACCAAGACCCAGAACUCCUUGCAAGAAGAUAGGUUUUAGCACUUGGCGGGGGACGGACCAUCAACUUGGGGUCUCCCCCCCCCCAUAAAAACCCUCCCCACAGAAGUUUCAUUCCACAGCAACAGGUGUCAGGUGGACUUUUCCACAAAAAGGCAACGACCCCGUUGUGUUGACACCCCCCACCCCACUUGUAAUUUUCCUCCUCCACCAUUGCACUAGGGUUUUUGCCUGCGAUUUGAGGACGGGAAGGAUUCGGGACUGGCACACUCCUCAAUGGUGGUUAGGGGUCAGGUCUAACUUGUUGCCCCUCACCCCCAUUUGCACAUUCCUUAGAUUUCCAGGGGGCCCCCCUCACCUCUCUGGAGGGGGCAAAACAGCCGGUGGGUUGGGUUGGAGAGAGGCGGCGUCUGGGGAGCGCAGGGAAAAGUCCGUCCCUAGAGUAUUAGCACAGAGUUUAAUCUAUAUUUAAGAGAUGAUGUAAUAUAUUAUUCCCCCCUCCCCAAACUCUGCUUUCCCUUCCCCCCAACCCUGUCCCAAUUCCCCCCACCCUCCCCGCAGGUGUUUUUUGGGGGAGCCUCCCGUCGGGUGAAAAGAGGGAGGGCAGGUCUGGUGAGAGCCCCAUGUCAUCUUCCCUGACUUUUUUUUAAAAAGUGCCUGUAUGUUUAAACUUGAAUUUCUAGCUACUUGAAGUGCAAAAAACCCCCGCUUGUUCCACCUUACCCUGCAAUACCUCAGCUACACCUCACCCUGUCUUCCCUGUCUUGAAGACCCCCCUCCUCUUAGACUUUUCCUGCAGCAGCGAUUUGGUGAUGGGGUGUGGGGGGGAACAGCUGGAGAUGAAUGAAAAUACCACCCUCCUCAUUGCCUUUCUCUGGGAACGCUAGCAAAAAUGUGCAUAUUUUCCUGGAUGGCUGUGGGGGUGGGUAUGUGGAAAAGAGGGAUGGGGUGUUCACCUCCCCGCCAUUUCAUUUGGUGUUGUUGUUUUUUUAAUUAUUAUUAAUGUGCUGGUAUUCCCGGUGUCCGUUGAGGCUGCUUGACAAUAAAAAAGGAAAGCAGGGGAAAUUUUGGGCUUGCGUUGGUGUCUGUAGGGGGGUGGGCCUUGCCUUCAUGGACAAAAAUUCUCCCAGAAAAGGUGGAGCGAGGUGGCUUGCCUUACCUGCUGCGUGCGACACAAGGGUUUACAUUACCUGUGCCAGGAGGUGCCACUAGGCCGGCUGACACAUUGUGCGUGUGGGUGUUUUUUUCUUUAAAAAUAUGUUUAGGGGUACUCUCAUUUUGACUCAAGUAAGUCACCAUUUUGUAGUUCAAAUUGGGGGAAAUAAAUACAGUAAAUGGAUG